AUGCAGAGGCUGCCCUUGUGCAGCUGCAUCGUCAUCCUGUGGUGCCUCUUUGAGCAGAGCAUUGGCAUCACCAGAAGAUAUUACAUCGGAGCAGUGGAGACAGACUGGGACUAUGUGCCUGGCAGCCAGAAGGGGUAAAGAUAGUCCAUUUGUCAUCCGUAGUUGCUUCCCUGUUUCUCUAUGUUUAUAUGCUGUGGUGAUGUUGGCUAUGUAUGUACCAUACCUUCAGAGCAUGUUCAACACCCCCCCACCCCACCCCAUAUGCACAAAAAAAGAAUCCUGGGAACUGACCUUUCCCAGAACUACAAUUCUCAAUGCCCUUAAACUACAGUUCCCAGGAUUCUGUGGGUGCUUUGAAUGUCUUUUAAAGGUAUGGUGUUAUCUAGCUAUUGCAAAGGGAUUUUAGACUCUGGGCUUAGUGGCCUUACUGUGCAGUGCAGAGCUUUCCACAUUUUGCAUGUUGGUGACACACUUUUUGGAUGUGCAUCAUUUCGCGACACAAUAGUUCAGUUUUACUAGCAAACCGGAGGUUAAACUAACCCCUUUCCAUUCCUGGGAGGAGCAUGAGGAGCGUUCGCAUGACACCAUUACACACUGCAGCCAACACACAAGCAUGUCGCGACACACAGGUUGGAAAGCUCUGGUGUAGGUGCUCUUUAGAUGGCAAUGUCUGUCCCCUUCAAAAUGUGAGAAGCCAUCCCUGCUGCAUGGAGGGUGUGUGUGCUUUUGUUCAUUCAGCUGCAUGGGACCCUGGACCUCUGCCCCAGAGCUCUGCUCUGAUGGCACCAACAGGGUAGAUGUGCAGGGUCUCUGUCUGUAUCUUAAGUUUGCCAGCUCAGUUUUCCUAUGAUUCCGCUAGUAGCAUUUUGCUGGCCUGACAAGUGAAGCCUCAUUCUGGCAGGCAGUCCCUGGCAUCACUCGUUAAAACGGUCAAGCGGAACCUGUGGUCUUCCAGGUGUUGCUGGAUUCCAGUUCCCGCCAUUUCAGCCUGUCAGGUAUUAAUUUUUAGCCUUGGGUUGCCACAUUUCUUAAGUGGCUUGGCCUUUAAGUGACCUUUAAGAGCAGCUUAACACACAUAAUGUUAGCAGGUGGAGUCCUCCCCCCAUUAUUUUCCCCCAUGCAAUGAAAGGUUGCAUGCAAUGUCUGUUUGUCAGGAUGCUGUUCAAAGUACAGGAGUGGUGUCAGCAAAAAUUUUUUGGCAAUCCUGUGAAUCCUGUAAGGUAGUUCAAGCAGUACCUUUGAGGACUAAUGGUAUAUGCAAGACUGGCUGGGGGGCAGACUGGGCACGGGGGCGGGGGGAAUUUGAAGAAGAACUAAACUGGAUAAUCAAAGGGUUCAUCUCUGGAACCCAUAAGUUGGGGAAUGUAUAUAUUGUAUUACAUUGGACGCUUGGGUUGAGAACGUGAUCUGUGCAGGAGGCACAUUCGUAACCUGCAGCGUUUGCAACCCGCAGCGCCGUGUCUGCGCACGUGUGGGUCGCGAUUCAGCGCUUCUGCACAUGCACAAGUGCCGAAACCUGGAAGUAACCCAUUCCGGUACUUCCGGUUUUGGCGCGGUGCACAACCCAAAAACGCACAACCUGAAGCAUCUGUAACCUGAGGCAUGACUGUAUUACAUUGUGAUGAGAAUUCAGCACCGUGAGAAUCUUAGUUUUCUUUUUAAAAAAAGAAAAAGAAGAAAGUUUCUAGCUCUCACAGGUGUGGAGAUAAGCAGGGAAGUGUGAGAGCAACACUGGGCGAAGCUGGGGAGAAGAAAAGUAGGAUCUCUGGUGCUCACAAUUACCAGUAAAAGAAAUGACAGAAAAGAAGCAAACAUAUACAAAUUUGAUUCUAUUUGCAUAAUUUAUGGGAUUAUCAUCCCAUUAAAGAAAUGCAUCCUAUACAUGUCUACUCAGAAGAGUUCAGUGGGACUACUCAGUGUGUUCAAUGGGACUUUCUUGUAGGUACGGUAAGUGAGUGAGUAUAACUUCACUUACCUAGAAAUAGGUUCAAUUCAACAGGACUUGCUUCUCAGUAGAAAUGGUUAGGUGUGUACUGUUAGUCAAGCAACUAAGUAGGUUUCAGACUGCUUAUUUUAUACCAAAACAAUAGUUUUGAAGAGAGAGAAAAACAUACUUGGGCGGUGCUUGUACCAUUGCAGUAGGCAUGGUCAGAAUAAAGCAUUUCCUCCUCCGAAAUGAAAAUGAAGGGACAAUGCCUCUUCUAAGGUGACACCCAAUAUCUGAAAUUUAGUUAAUUUAUAUCCCACCUUUCCUCCGUGAAGCACAAAGUGGCAUAUAAGGUUCUCCUGCCUCCCCAUUAUUUUCCUCACAACAACCCUGUGAGGUAGGUUCAGCUGAGGCAAAGUAACUAGUUCAAAGUCACCCAGUGAGCUUCAUGGCUAAAUGGGGUUUUGAAUCCUGGUCUCCCAGGUCCUAGCCCAACACUCUAAUUAUUACACCACACUGGCUUUUUAAACUUUAUAAACAUACUCAUUUCUUACAUUCAGUAAGUCUGCAGCUUGUGCGCAUUUAACUUGUGUGCAUUAAGCUUAACAAUUAAAAAAAGGAAUGGGGUCGGAAAGGGGCAGGAUUCUGGAAAAAAAUACCUUGGCAAUCCCACCCACUGUUGAACCCUAUGGGCUUUGUCUAUGGUGGAAUCUACACACAUAUUAAAAAUGCUGUGAAAAUGCCUUCUUUAAAAAAGUUUUGAAAAAUACAUUGAAUUUUGCAUAGUUCCCUGUCAUCCUCUAGUGUCACAUUUUUAUAUUGCACUUUACAACACGUUUUAAAAAUGUAUUUGCAGCUGUACAGCUGAGUCCUAUGUGUGAUUUUGUCUUUAGGUGUGAUCCUAAGAACAUAACCCAGCUUAAGUUGUAACCCAGCCUACUGUAUUCAUGUUUAAAAACCACAGUGACAUUAAAAUGAACAGUAUGGUUAAUUGGGGGUGCCUGUACCAUAGUCUGGAAGCGCUUUGAUUCAUACAGGUCUCAGAAUGUUGCUGUUUUUGGCACAAAACAUAGACAUAUAUUUAUUUAACACAUUUUGUGCUACUGGAAAGGCUUUCAGAGGCUUAUACAGAUCAGUAGUAAGAAAAUCCAUGCCCUCAGGCUUACUGUCUUGGCUCUUAUCCCAAAUGCUACCACAGAGACUCUUAAGUGUGAAUAAGAAAGACAGCUUGCAACAUUACAGAUAAGCCUAUAGGCAGAGAUUUCCUAAGGCAUGACUAGAGAGUUCAGAAACAGCAUCAGGUGUCAGAGAUGGGAUGUGAGCAAGGCCAGCCCACCCAUUAAGGAAGGUGAGUUGACCGCCUCAGGUGGCAGAAUCCGCAGGGGCAGCAGAUCCUGAUGUCACCCUUUCUUCCCUGGUGGGGAGGUGGUGCCAUUUUGUGUCUCUCGUCAGGUGCUUAAAUGUAUCAAGAGCUUCUAAGAUAUCUCGACAAACAAUCACAACACUCCCGGCAUUAAAAAGACGAGACGUGGCUUGUUUACUCGUGGGACUCUUUCUUACUGCAAGUCUGAUGCAUCUGGAGGCUCACGUUUCUCUGAGAGGUGUGGGCCUGUUCCCAGUAGCUGAGGUGGUAUUGGGUUCUCAGCAAUGAGAUGGAGUUCAGAGAGCCAGUGUGACUGCCUCUCCAUCCCCAACCUCUAAAGGCAAAAUAACAGGGUCUCUGUCAUCCCUCUUGGGCUACUCCUUCCAUAUCCUACUAUUCUUCCGCAUCUUGCAGCAGCUACUGCCUCAGUUCUGAAACUGGCAGGGCCACAGGACUCAUGACACAAUAUUCAUUUAAAGCACAUGACUUCCCCCAAAGAAUCCUGGGAACUGUAGUGCUGUCCUGGGGGACUAAAGGUGCUGGAAAUUGUCACUCAGUGAUGCAUAAGCUACAGUUCCCCAGGAUUCUUUGGGAGCAGUCAUGUGCUUUAAAUGCAAUUCAAAUAUAUGGAGUGUAUGGUUCCCUUUUAUCACAUACACAGCCCAAGAAGACAACAACAAGAAUCCACCAACAGCAUGUGAAUCAAUAUGGCUAACCUGAUUAAUAAGCACCCACCCACCCUACUCACACAUGAAAAUUAAGUUCACCACAGCCAAUCACAAAGAAACAACCACACCCUAGGCCAACCCCAACCUCUCUCACCACCAAAGAAACACAAGUGAAUAGUGAAGGGAACCCACGCAAGUGACACUGACACAAAACCCCACACAUACACUAAGUAGAAUAGAAGCAUUGCCACCUGACCCCACCCCACUCACCAUUCCCCCCUCCACCUCUUUCCCCCUUUUACAGUGGUACCUUGGGUUACAGACGCUUCAGGUUACAGACUCCGCUAACCCAGAAAUAGUACCUUGGGUUAAGAACUUUGCUUCAGGAUGAGAACAGAAAUCGUGCAGCGGCGGCAGCAGGAGGCCCCAUUAGCUAAAGUGGUACUUCAGGUUAAGAACAGUUUCAGGUUAAGAACAGACCUCCAGAACGAAUUAAGUUAUUAACCCGAGGUACCACUGUAUUCUGAAUGUAAUACUAAUGUCUCAACAAAUGAAACUGAUCUGUAGAAAAUGAAACUUGGGGAAAAAAGACAUUGCACAUACAGUUGUAAACCAAGAAAUCUUUAAUAAAAAUAUGUUUAUUAAAAAUACAUGACACAGAAGGAAAAGGAAUUGGGAGGGGGGCAAGGAAAAGCAAAGUCAAGGUGCUUCCAGAUAGUCACAGUUUUGUGUGAGCAGUUCAAGUGCAUGGCAGAACUUUGGAUUUGUGCAUUUUAAGUGAAGUGAAGCACUUUGUAACCCUUGCACGACAAACCCUUUGUUUUCGGGGGGGGGGGGGAACAGUCACCCUGGAAGUUCAUUUCAGUGUGGGACGAACAAAUGACUAACAGAAAGAUGUGUGAACGAUACCCUGCAAGCAAAGCAGGAUGAAUGCUCACCAUUGUAUAACUGACCCUUAAACAAAGCAGAAUACAGUACACACUCAGUAAAAGUGGGGCAUAAUUUAACCUCUGUGUAAGCUUUGUGCAAAUCAGGAUGAAUGCUUAAUACACAAGUUCUUUAAAGCUACAAUUCAUAUACAGUGGUACCUCGGGUUAAGUACUUAAUUUGUUCCGGAGGUCUGUUCUUAACCUGAAACUGUUCUUAACCUGAAGACCACUUUAGCUAAUGGGGCCUCCUGCUGCCGCCGCGCCGCCGGACCACGAUUUCUGAUCUUAUCCUGAAGCAAAGUUCUUAACCUGAAGCACUAUUUCUGGGUUAGCGGAGUCUGUAACCUGAAGCGUAUGUAACCUGAAGCAUAUGUAACCCAAGGUACCACUGUAAAGGCCAGAUGGAGUUGUGACAGACAGAUCAGAUAGACUGGUGGAAUAGCUGUCGCUAGGGAUUUUGGUAAUUUAGGGGCUGCAAAAGGCACCUGGUCUCUCAACAGGUACAAAAACAGCCCAGUUUUGUUUUUCUCUCUCUGCACUGCAGCCAGAUGGUAUAGAGUCUACGCAAGGUAUGAGGGAAGAAUUGGAUUCAGUUCACAUUUAAAGACAAGCCCACCUAAGCAAUAUGAGAACCAAAGCACAGCCAUCUUUCAAAAUUUCCCAAAUUUUCAAAACUUUUCCAAAUUUUGCAGUGCAGUUCUUCAGCCAAGCAGUGUGUAGAAAAAUGCAUAUAUUGCGGCUAAGUUCUGCAUAACAAACAUUAUUAGGAAAAAUGACAUACAAAACCGCAUUGCAUGCUUUGUGAAAAAUGAGCAUACUAGGCAAAAUUGCAAACAAAUGUGUGCAUUAGAAGAAAUGUACACUAAAAUGCUGGUGAAUUUUUGUGAGGGCUUUUAAUUUGUUUCAAACUGACGUGGAAAUGUGGAGAACUGAAGACUGGAAAAAUGAGAAAUGGAUAUGGGAGGCUUUGCUCACACUUGUUCUAUCCCUUCCCUACCACAUUGACUUGCACUGCUCAAAGGCCUCCUCAUGUGCAGCCAGGGGUGCCAACUUGAAUAAAAUAUGGGGGGGGGGUAAGCCCCACCCCACAUCAAUCACAUGUUGUGGCACACAAACAUGAUGUGGCACACAUUUGAAUGGCAAUGCUCAUCAACUUUGGAGGGACCCAGCCCCCUCAAAUACUUUAUUUGGGGGGGGGAUGAAGCCUGAAGACCCCUUGGCCCCUAGGAGUUGGCUCCUAUGUGCAUGGUACAGUUGCUCCUUGUGCUUAUGAGAAGAGGGAGGGGAAUGAACUGCUUUGUCAUUGAGCUUGAAAGUUCCAGCUCCUACUUCCUAGGCAAGGAGGGCUAGGCUGUGAUGGGAAACUUCAAUACAAUGGCAGGGCCUGUUUAUUUUGGCAUCUCAAGAGAAACUUUACAGACCAAAUGUGCCUAAUGACUCUGAGUGUUCCAGGCAAAGAAUUUGUCAUGUUAUCUCUGUGCCGUAGCUAAGAGUCCGCACCCAAAAAGCUAGGGCUGACCCCGGGAAGUAGAAAAACUCUCGAUGAAACAGCUUUGGGAUUUUUUCCUCCCUUGAUCCAAGCAUCUUUUUGGUGUUUGGUUCUGAGAAGUCUCAUCGCCUUCCCUUCUGCUUUGUCUUUUGUGUUUGGGAUGCUGAUGGCAUCACAGCUGAACCAAGAUCAUUUGUAGAUUUUCAAGUAAGGCAGUUUUCCCUGAAGGGCUGGACUCUCAGUUUGGUUAGAGCUCUGCUUUGGUGGGAGCAGCACUGUUUGUACCAUGCAAAAUUAGACUUGAUAUCCACAGUUCCACUUGCUUGUUUUCCCAGUUGCUCCUAAAUUCCGGAUUUCCUUGGCCAGUCUGAGUCACCCCAAAGGAAUAUGGUCAGCGACCUUUCUGGCCUGCCAAGUCCAUUCUCCGCAGGUCAACACUUCUUGUCCUCUAAUGGAUGCUCAGUGUGAGCCUCCAAACAUUGCAGAUAACACUGGUGAUAAGACAGUAAUAACAGGGUUUCAUUAUCUGUUUCCCUUAUAAUGCGACUCUUUUUUUCCUUACAUAAACAUGUUGGCUCUGUGGGAAAGCAUAUGCCAAUGAUGAACCUUUUCCAUCAACAGAGAAACUUUAAAAAUUUAAAAAAGUAAUUGGACAAAGAUACUUGCAUAGAUGUUGUUGUCUUUGACUUCAAAGACAACAAAGCACAGCCACAACCAGUAAGGAAGGAGGGAAAAUCUGAUUAAGUUUGCAUCUAAAGGUGAAUAUGCCUAAUUCACACGUUCUAAAGCAAUAUGCAUUUUUAAAAAUAAAAUGAUGUACUGUUGGUACAGUGGUGCUUUGGUUCUCAAACUUAAUCUGUUCUGGAAGUCCGUUCCAAAAACAAAGCGUUCCAAAACCAAGGCAUGCUUUCCCAUAGAAAGCAAUGCAAAACGGAUUUAUCUGUUCCAGACUUUUAAAAACAACCCUUAAAACAGCAAUUUAGCAUGAAUUUUACUAUCUAACAAGACCCUUGAUCCAUAAAAUGAAAGCAAUAAACAAUGUACUGUACUAUAAAAUAAAUAAGACAGCAUUGUAGAUGAUAAAAUUUAAAAUUAUUAUUUUUUCUUAUCUGCACUUAUGAUAGUCAUUGUUUGGAUGGGGGGCUUUUAUCCAUUUCCACAGCCACACAAUCAAUCAAUCAAUCAAUCAAUCAAUAGCUGAACUGGGUUUCACACAGUCACAAAAACAAAUUAACUGAAAAAGCCUCAAAAACACAAAAUAAAAAGCAAAAACAAAAGCACCAAACAAUCUGUUCUGGAAGUCCGUUUGACUUCCAAAAUGUUUGAAAACUUCUGAUUGGUGGAGGCACCCUGGAAACAAUAGCCAACAGCUGCAUUAGACGUUAAACUUCCAAAAAACGUUCAAAAACCGGAACACUUUUCGGCGUUUGGGAAUCAAGGCGUUUGAGAACCAAGGUACCACUGUAUUAAACUCCUGAGAAGCUAUUUAGAAUGCAAAAAUAUCCAAAAUACUUGUUGGAAAUGUAAGGCACAUGAAGGGACAUUUUACCAUGCUUAGUGGACAUAUAAAAAAGAAGCAGAAAAAUGGAUACAAAUAUAUUUUGAUAUGGAGAAUUUUGAAGAUGAACUUUCAACUGAAACCAGAAUUCUUCCUGCUGGGACUUAUGGAUAUACAGUUAGAAAAUGACUAUGAAAUUUUGUUCCAAUAUAUAAUUACAGCAGCAAUACUUUUAUAAGCACAAAUAUAGAAAAACUCACUGUUACCAACAGUGGAGGAAUGGUUACAGUGGUACCUCAGGCUAAGUACUUAAUUUGUUCCGGAGGUCCGUACUUAACCUGAAACUGUUCUUAACCUGUAGCACCACUUUAGCUAAUGGGGCCUUCUGCUGCCGCGCCACUGGAGCACAAUUUCUGUUCUCAUCCUGAAGCAAAGUUCUUAACCUGAAGCACUAUUUCUGAGUUAGCGGAGUCUGUAACCUGAAGCGUAUGUAACCCGAAGUACCACUGUAUUAUAAUUAUUAGACUUAAUGAAAUUGAUGUGCUGAAUCAGAGAACAGUCACUGUUAACAUUUACAAAAGAUUGAAAAUCUCUCUUAGACAUUUUGUGUGAAAAAGAUAAAGAAAUAAUGACAUUUGGCUUUGAAAGCUAAAUAUAAUGUUGGUUUAUAGAGAGUAGUUGUGCUGUGUGCUAUAUUGGAGUAGAUGACUUGAAUAAUGUUUUUCAAUAGCUGACAAAUGAAGAAUAAGAAGUUCUUUAGUUUCUUAUUUCUCUCUCUUUUAAUUCUAUAUUUCUCUCUCUCUUUCUGUCUCUCUCUUCUCCCUUAUUUUUCUCUGGAUUUAAUUUUAGUUGGGAUAAAUAAUGAUAUUUGUAUCUCUUUAUAAAAUCUAAUAACAUUUAUUUAAACAAAAACAAAACAAUAUGCAAUCCAAACACAUUUUGAAAUGUAAUUUCCUAACCUAGUAAUGUGCACAUUACACAUACACCCAACACACAUACGAGGGUAAAGUGUGCAUAUAUAUUAGUAGGAAAUGACAUACAAAAAUGUAUUAGGUAAUUUUAUUUUAUUUUUACACAAAAGUAUAUAUUAGGCCAAAUUGCAUACAGUAUUGUGUGCUUUAGGAUAAAUUCACACUAAAAUGAAAUAUAUGUUAAUGAGGCUUUUUAAAAAAGCAAACUGAUGUGGAAAUGUGGAGCACUGAAUUUAAGAUUAGAAAAAUAAGAUCAGGUUUCAAAUGCCCACUAAACCAUGUGCGGUGAACCCCCUCUUAACUACUGGCUAAUUUUUGCUUUUUUUGAGAAGAAAACUCUGGAGACUUAGGGAAGUUAAAUAGGAAAAAAAUAAUUUAUUUAAUAGAACAAAGUUGGUAAAACAAAAGACGUGUCAGGAGAUAGAAUACUUUCAGAAAACAGUAAACUAUAAAAAUGGUGAAUUCACUUGAUGUUACAGGUGCCUAAACAAGGUGGUAAAUGCACAGCUUAUUUUCAGUUACUUCACUUCAGUCCAUUAAACUUAAUUGCAUAGUUGUUACCGCUUAAUACUUUGGUUCUUAAACAAGGUGGUACUUUCUGUCAGUUUCCCAGCCUUCUAUAAAUGAGGCUCAUGAGGCUCCCCUAGUAGUAUUACAGAGCCAGGGGGUCACCACAUUCCUCCAACUGGUUUGGGAUGAUUUUCUUUCCAGAAGAUCACUUCCCUUCUGGCUGAAAUGAGACCCAAGUAGGGUUUUCUCUUGUCUGUAUACUUUUACAAAGACACUAAUCACUGUCUUUCAAACUAAGCUCAGAGACUUCCUUCUCUGGCUACAGAUAUUUUCCUCAGAGUGGAUUUUGCGCAUACACUCUGCUGAACACCAGCUGAACACCAGAACUAAAACUUUCAACUCUUUUCUCUUUUCCCCUCCCAAUUUGCUGUCUCCACCCUCUACUCUGGCUAGCUGUACGUGCAGCCAAUCGGAGUGAAACUAAAGCUCAGCGCAUUGGCGCACUGUAUCACCAAACUCUAGUUUUUUGCCACAUGUCCCACCCUUCAAGAUCACUGCAAAAUGGGAGGUUAUCUCAAACCUCUCCUGAGCAAUGGGUGAGCAUACAGGUACCAUACCAUUUCGCACAUUUUCAAAAUUACAGUUAUUUCAAAAAUCACACAUUACAAUAUCAGUUUCCAUUAUUAACACCAGCAAUUCAAGGCAAAUCUCCGUGUUCUUGUCAUUUACCCUUGGUCCACACAAAAUCCGACUGUGCUGUCCAGGUUCAGUUGCUCUCCUAUCCACUCCCCCCCCCCCAGCGCAAACACGUCUACCCCAGGUGCCAACAACCUCAGCUUCGCUGCUGACCCCAGAAUCAGGACCACAGCUUGCCUGAAUUUGGGAAGGACAAAAGGGUUCUAGGAGCCUGUCAAGAGUCCUGGAGCUUCCUUUCCAGAAGCAGAUGCCUCGCUUAGAUGCAGCAUGGGAUUGAGAGCGGUGCUGGCUGUUUCUCUGCACAUGGUGCCAGAGCUGAUGUGGUGCAAAAUUGAUAAGAUUCAUUUGGGUGCGCCAAAUUGUUCUCACAGAGGAGUCCAUUUUGUGAAAGAUUACAGUGUGUGUCCAUGUCGUCUGGCUUCAGGAGGGUGGAGAGAAGAAGGCUCUGGGAUGAUGCCAGAGCCCUAGCACUGCCUUCCCCGGAACCUAGUAAGUGCUUGCCUAUCUUUGGAAAAGAGGGAAGACUAGAGCCCUGGAUCUUCCUUCCCAGACUAGAUCCGUAACUGAGAAGAUCCAUUUGUGAGUGACAAAUCAUUGGCCUCAAAUGAUUUCCAAAGUCCAUCCAUAUUAGCUGUCUUGCGCAGGAAUGAAUAAAUGGAGAAUGGCUUUCCUUCACUCUGCAUUUAUUUAUUUACUUCCCUGUGCCGCAAAGCUGCUGCUUAUCCCAUGGAAAAAAAGACUGAUUAUUUACUUCUGAAUUAAAAAUAAUAAUAAACAUUGCCCAGUUAUUUAAACCUUGUUCCUCCCUUUUCCCCUUCUGCGUUUCUGUGUACGCAUUUGUGUGUCUGUGUCUUCCACGUGUCUAAUAGGGAACAUUCUCUUUCAUUUGAUAUCUAUGCUACUAAUUACGUCUACAGCUUGAAUUUUAGAGAACGUGUGCUAAUUAAAAAUAAAAAAAUCUGUACUUUAAAAUAAGAGUGGUAAUAAUAUGUUACAGGUAAGUAAAUAUUUAUAAGUUCAGGACCUCUAAGUGAUAGCAGUUGCCUGGACAUUACCCCGACCGCCCAUAGACAGUUGCAUCCUUAUUUCAGACAUCGUGCUACAUUGCGGUGUUUAUAUCACGAUGUCGAGGUGGCUCAAAAUCGGACUUUGCACAGGGCGCCAUUUUGUAAACAAUUUCCAAGUGUCGUCCAUUUUGUGUGCCUUUGGAGAGGGCGGUGCAAGUUCCUUGAAAUGAUGCCAGAUCCUGGAACUGCCUUCCCCAAGCCGGAAGCCUAGUAAGUGCUUGCCCAUCUUUGGAAAGGAGGGACGGACUCUAAAACCUUGCCUAGAGCGUGCGCAGUUUUCAUGCACACACACCCGCAGCCGAAAAAACCUCACAUGAUUGCAUCUUUGAACAAGUGUCUCUAUGCCUGUCUCUGUGCUGGGAAAGCAGUGCUUGGCACUGUAAGCUUUUUCUGCCUCACCUCACAUGUUUCUGACCAAUCCUGCCUACAGCCAGCAAACUGCCCCCCCCCCCCCCCCGCUUAGAAACCCCCCUGGGGUUAUUUACUUCUGAGUUGAAGAUAAUAAAUAUUGCCUUGUUGUUUAAGACUCUUUCUUCCCUGUGUCUCCCUUGUAUCUAUUAGGGACCAUUCUCACACCUUUCCGUUGAUAUCUAUGUUACUGAUUACUUCUGCCGUUUUAAUGUUAGAGAAGGGGUUUAAUUUUAAAAUGAUCUCUACUAUAAAAUAACAGUGGUAACAAUAUGUUAAAGGCAAGUAAACAUAAGUUUCAGACCUCUAAGUAGUAGCCGUUGUCAGGACAUAACCCGUUUGCCUCUACAUAAUUCCAUCCUUAUUUCAGACAUGGUUCUAUAUUGGUAUAUCACGAUGUUUAGCUGGUGACAAAUCACGAUCUUGAUAACCAGAAAUUGUCCAGCCCUGUUGCCGCCCCUUUCCUUUCUGACCUAUGUUUAUUUAGGAUGCUUAUUUCAGUCUGCCAGCUCCCAUGAGCGCAGAAUCUCAUUUAUGAUAUAAUAAAUUGUAUGCAGCACCUGGUUUUUUUUGCUUCUUGAGGUACUUAACGCUGUUUCACGUCCAUUAGUACUAUUCUCAUUUUUAUGUAGAGCCAUGGUAUUUAAUUCAUCCAAAAGUCUGAGGUGGUGCAAAAUUGAGAAAAUCCACCUGGGGGCGCCAAGUUGUCUCAUAUAGGGCACCAUUUUGUAAACAAUUUCAAAGUGCCGUCCAUUUUGUGUGCCUUUGGAGAGGGCAGAGCGAAGGCUCGGGUGCUGUCAGAGCCCUGGCACCACCUUCCCCAAGCCGGAAACCUAGUACUGCUUGCCCGUCUUUCGGAAGAAGUGAAGGGCUCUAGGACCCUGUUGCCAGAGCCAGAGUUCUGGCAGUUCUCCUGCACAGUGCCCCUAAUAUUGAAGAUCCAUUUGGGGACGACGGAAACCUUAUAUGAUUGCAACUUUGUGCAGGUGUCUCUGUGCCAGGAAUAAAUAAAAGGAGAGUUGGUUACCUCCACUCUUCAUUUAUUUAUUACUUAAGCCCUUUCUGCCUUGCCUCCCCAAACAUGGGCAUAGCCUGGGGGGGCAGUUCUCCCCAUCAAGUAAAUCAAUAAAAAUACUUAACUGAGGUUCUGCCCCCUCCCAACGUGAAGCCUGCUGCCCCAACAUAAAUCCUGACUACACCUAUGUCUCCAAAGCCCCAAUUUUUUCUGCCCCGCCCUGUUCUCAGCCAGCCCCCUUAGAAGCUGCCCUGGGCUUCUAAGUUAAAAAUUACAAUAAUAAACCUUGGAGCGUUAUUUAAGAUGUGUUCCUUCCUUGUCCCCUUCUGUGUGCAUGUGUGCAGUUCUGUAUCUGUGUCUCCCACUUGUCUAUUAGGUAUCAUUCUCUCACCUUUCCUUUGAUAUCUAUGCUACUAAUUAUUUCUGCAGCUUGAAUUUUAGAGGAAGUGUGCUAAUUUAAAAAAUGAUCUGUACUCUAAUAAAUAACACUUUCAGACUUCUAAGCAGUAGCAGUUGCCCGGACAUUACCCCAUUCACCUCUACAUAGUUCUAUCCUUAUUUCAGACAUCACGCUAUAUAUUGCGGUGUUGACAUAUCACGAUGCCCAAAAUCGGACUUUGCACAGGGCGCCAUUUUGUAAACAAUUUCCAAGUGCCGUCCAUUUUGUGUGCCUUUGGAGGGGGCGGUGCAAGUUCCUUGAAAUGAUGCCAGAUCCUGGAACUGCCUUCUCCAAGCCGGAAGCCUAGUAAGUGCUUGCCCAUCUUUGGAAAGGAGGGACGGGCCCUGGCUCUUCCUUCCCAGAGCCUGCAGUUUUCCUGCACAGCAUGGAUAUUUAGCAAGUGAAAUAUCCGGACAUCUCCCAGCUCUACGUUUAUGUAGGGUGGCCACUUCAUUCUGUCAACCUCCAUGCCUUUUCAAGGAGCAGGACCUCAUUUAUGAGCCUCAUUGCAUGUAUGACCCACUUUUCUUGGGGUGUGUGGUAUUCUUCCUGGCGUACUUAAUGCUGUUUCUAGUCCAUUAUUGCGAUUCUCAUUGUUACACAGAGCUGUGUUAUUACAGUCACUCAGAAACCCUAAAUGCGCCUCUAGCGGUUGGAACCCUGGGGGGGGACCCAUAAUGCCUGUAAACCCCCCCAACUGGUUCCCCAGCAAGAUAGAGGUCUGCGUACCCCACUUUGGGAAGGCAGGUGAGGGUUCCAGCAGCGUCCCAAAGCCCUCUGCACCCCUUUCCCAAAGCCCCAUAAAUGUUUGUCCAGCUUUGGGAUGGACAGAAAGGGCUCUAGGACCCUGCAGAGCCAUGGAGUUUCCUUCCUAGAGGCAGGCGCCUUGCUUAGCUGCAGUGCAGGAUCUGGCAGUUUUCCUGCACAGGGCACCCGAGCUGAGGUAGUAUGAAAUGAAAAGAUUCAUAAUUGAGAAGAUCCACUUGGAGAUGCCAAAUAUUGGCCUCGCACAGGUUUAUGCCAUUUUAUGAAAGAUUACAAAGUCUGCCCAUUUUGUCUAGCUUUGAGAGGGCGGAGCUAGGGCUCUGGGAGUCCUGGCACCACCUUCCCAAAGCUGGUAAGUGCUUUCCCAUCAUUGGGAAGGAGGGAAGGGCUCUAGGACCUGCCAGAGCCCUGGAUCUUCCUUCCCAGAUCCAGAGCAGUGCCUGCAGUUUAGCAUGCCAGCAGUUUUCUUGCACAGGGCACCAAGCCUGGGGUGGCAGAAAAUCGAGAAGAUCCGUUUGGGGGCAGAGACCCGGAAUUUCCUUAUAGAGCUGGAGCAGCGUGCGGAGCAGAGAUGGCACAAAAUUGAGAAGAUCCACUUGAGGAGAGUCCCAUACUUCCUGCCAGAGCGAUGCCUGCAGUUUUCCUGCACAUGGCGCCAAGCCUGAAGUACCCCAAAACUGAGAAGAUCAAUUUUGGGGUAACAAAUACUGGAAGCCUAGUAAGUGGUUGCCCAGAUUUGGGAUGGAGGGAAGGACCUGCAAGCUGAUAUGCUGCACAAGACUUACUGAAGGCUCUGAUGUCCUUUCCCUAUUUUUCUUUAUUCCAAGAGGUCCAGACAUUGGUGUCUCAUGGGCUAGCUGGUGUAUUUGCAGCCUGUACUUUCUGGGAAUCACUAACUAUUUUCUUGUUUCCUAGAGGGCAGUACACUUCCUCUUCCUAGACACCCGGUACAAUCUCUGUUCAAUAAUUUCAAGUAUGCAGGGAGCCUCCACAGUUACUUUGUUCCUCCUGGAGUGGGUGGCUGGGUGGGAAAUGGAAGCAGUACGCAUGCACAUUCAGUUGCCAAAGGCGUCCAUGUCACCUAGGAGAUUGCAGCCACAGAGAUAAGAAAAAUUUGUUGCCUGGUGAAGUCACUUCCUGGUUUGCAUGGCAAAGCUGGGGUUUUUUCAACAGAGCCCAGGGGCAGAAGCACACAGCUUUAUUGAGGGAGCACCCAGUGUUGCAGUUUUGCACUCUCUAACAGUUUUACGCCUGCACUGCUGCUAGGAAUUCCAUAUAAUCCCUGUUUAUAUAUUUUUAAACUCUCUAGAUCUGUAAAACAUUGGCUGGUUUCUCAGGCUGGCUUAGCUCUGAGCAGAGUUUGUGGGCUGAUUUGUGACAGGCUCUGCCUUUCUAAUAAACUCAACAUUUUUGACAGAAGUUGAUAUUUUAGCUUUCUCUAAUUUUGCACAGUGAUUUCUUGUGUGUCUCUUUUCCUGGCAAUGAAAACAAAUUAACUUUCCCAUUUUAUUUUGUUUGGUUUUUGGUGUCUCAAACCUUUCUUUUCCUGAAGGUUCAUGAGAAUAACAACUCUCCCAUGUUCCCUUUUAUCUCGUCCAGGAAAUCUGCUGCUUCCAUCACUGUUUGCAGCUUUUUAUCCCUCAAAAACCAAAUAAAGUUUGAGGGAACAUGUUUAAAGAACUGCUUCAGUUAUUCAAAUGUCUGAACUGUACAUCCCUCAACCCAUCUAUUUAAGGCUCUAUCUAGGAGGCAACCUAACUGGGCGUACAUUUCACCAGUUUCCUUUUAAUAUCUCUAAUUGUUUUUCUGCUCUGUUCAACAAUGAGCCCAAAUCAUAUCCUCACUCUUUCCUUAAAGAGUAAACAAUCUGAGGUUUCUUUAUUUCUCAUCUCUGAGUAAACCUCACUAAGACUGCCACAUAUCAGUGGAUGCAAAUAUAUUGUCCUGGCUUCAUCUAGAACCUCCAAAUCUUUACAAGUUCUCUUAGAACUAAAAAAAAAAACUUCCACGUCAUCUCUUUUCUGAUAUUGUGGAAAUUUAUUUUGUUCCACUAAGGUAACUUCCCCGCUUCUCUGUGGUACUGGUAACUCUACCCUUCAGGUGCCUCUCUUGCAUUUUAAGAUUGUACAUUCCUUUUUCAUGUUUCUCUUUAUCCUGCUAUAGUGACAUUUCUUUCUCUGUCUGUAUUUUGGCAAACUGAAUCUGCUGUUCUCCUUGAAGCCUGGCUUGUUCUGCUUGAAGCUUGACUUUUCCUUUUCCUUUUUCUGCUUCUGUUUGAAUUUUGGCAAUUUCAAGUUUUGUUUUCCUAAAUACUAAAUCCUGACUAGGACUUCCUCAGAAGCUGCUCCUUCAGACUGAGCUUCUCCUGACUGUCCCCUUUCACUUCCAGAAUUUUAUGAGGGGGUGCCAUUUUCUGACAGGGUUUUUCCCUCAUAGAAAUAUAAAACACUUUAUUCUACUUGCGGUUUUUUUCAUUUCGUAUAAUGACGUUACCACCAAUGGUGGUUUACCCCCUUAACUACGGGCCAAGUUUUGCUUUUUUGAAAAGAAAACCCGGAGACCUAGGGAAGUUAAAACAGGAAAAGGAGUUUAUUUUACAGAACGAAGCUGGUAAGAAGAAAAAAUGAUGUAUCAGGAGAUAGAAUUCUUUCAGGAAACAAUAAAGUAUAAAUAGGGUAAAUUCAGUGGAAGUUAAACUUCUCCUAUCUGCAAUUCAGCUUCCUAAUUUCUCUUUAUGGGAUUCUUCUCUUUCCACAAGAUCGCUCCCCCUCUGACUGAAAUGUCUGUAUACUGUUACAAAGACACUAGUCACCGAUUUUCAGAAUGAAAAACCCUUUUUACCAUUUUUUUACAACUCAGCACCCUGGUGGAAUUCCACUGCACUGCAUCACCAAACUCUUUUUAAUCUUUCUGUCACAACCAUGAAACAGCCAGUUUAACAGCUUUCUAACAUGGUUACUGUGGGGAGGACUGGGAAAGUUGCAGAGAAACUGAUUUAAUUCUUUGUAUAAUUCUUUACAGUGGAAGAUGUUGGUCAGUGUAGGGCUUUUUAUAUUGUCUUUAUUUAUUUAAAAAAAUUCUUGGGUUACUGUGUAAACAAAACAAAACAAAAACCAAACAAAAAAAGACCUGGACGUUUUGCCAAAUUUUAAAAAUCCACCAGGACAAAAAUUUAAAUCCUGAAAAAGAGGGUGUGUCCUGGAAAAAGAGGACAUGAAGCAUCAUUCCAUGUUAGGCAGUCAUAGCUUCCCCCGAAGGAAUCCGAGAAACUAUUGUAUGUUAAGGGUAUUGAGAGUUGUUAGGAGACCCCUUAUUCACCUUAUGGAACUACAGUUUUUUCAGAGUGAUUUAACAAUCAAGCUGUCUUCCCAGGGAACUCUGGGAAUGAUAACACUGUGAGGUCUUUCAAUAACUCUCAGCACCCAUAACAAACUGCAGUUCACAGGGUUAUUUGAGGAAAGACACGAUUGUUAAAGUGGUAUGAUAUUGCUUUAAAAGAAGCCAGAUGUGGCCACAGAGAGAAAUUGAGAACUUUUUUUCCCAUUCAAGCAGGUUUUAAUUAUUUAAUUAUAAUUAUUUAACUAUGCUGUUUUUAAUUAUUUUAAUCACUGUUUUUCACAAUUACUUUUUCAUUAUUGGGGGGGGGGGAGUGGGUUACUGUUGAGUGUUUAUUUCCUAAUUAUUGUUUUUCUUUUUUGUAAGUAGCUCUGGGUAUUACUUAUUGGUGGGAGAGUUGGGCAUAAAUAUAAAUUAUAUAAUCUAGUAACUCAGAACUCAAAGCAAAUACAGACAGUAUAUUUUAUAGCUGUUCAAUUUAACCAUGCCCCUUUCCUUUUCCAGGGUAUUCUCCCCCACGCCAACCACUCGGUACAAGAAAGCCAUAUAUCUGGAAUACACAGAUUCUACCUUCACACAAACAAAACCCAAGCCUGCUUGGAUGGGUAAGCAAAAGGAUCUUUAUUGUAGAGAGAGGGACUGCUUGUUAAACCACUCUGGGAGUCGUAGGAUAAUAGGGGUUUUCUAACAACUCUAAGCAUCCUUAAUAAACUACAGCUCCCAGGAUUCUUUGGGGGAAACCAUGACUUUUUAAACUGAUAUAAUACAUUUUAAAUGUACAGUGCAUAUGGGGCCGGACAGUGCAUAAAUUGGAAUCAAUUAUUAAUUCCCCAAUUUAAAUAAAGCACAUAAAAUGAACAUAUGAGGAAUCUCUUCUACAUUCUCCAGUUGGAGGCAUUGAGUUCAAUGGUGGGUGGAAUUGCCAAAGGCUUUUUCCCCCUGGACACCCACACCCUUUCUGCCCCCAAUUAUUAUUAUUAUUAUUUUACCAAGCACAUUAACGCUGAAUUCAUACAAGUGUUACUUGUAUUAUGGUGGUUUUUGACACAUUCGUUUUCUUGCAAGCUACUUUGUAGAUCAUUUGGUGAAGACAUGGGAUAUUUAUGUUAUAGCUGCAUGUCUUUAUUAAGUAGAUUGCUUGCUAAUUUAGCAUAGAAUGGUUGGCUUAGGUAUCCCCAAAGGGAGCUACUGAUUACAAGACAGGCAGUGAAAUGUAUCUGUGAGUGAGAUUGAGAUCUGUGAGCUGGCUGUAGAGAAUGUGCCCUCUCUUGGAGCUUGUUAUCUGUUCCCUUGUAGGAGUAUCUCUUCCCACUACGUCUGCUCUGCUACCCACAUAUUUGCAAAUACAGAAAUGUCAAAAGUAUUCAGGGCUGUUUCAUUCUAAGCAGUGUAAGUGUAAAUGGGGCACUGCUUCACCAACCGCAGUCUGCGCUUAGCCCGCCUUUUCUGACUUAAACCAGUCCGGGGGGUGGAGGUGGGGUAACACUGCUUAUCAGCUUCAUUUGUUAAUUCCGGUUUUCCCCAUUUGUUCCGAUCUACUGCUAAAAAGAGGGCUUUCAAUGGUAAGCAGCAGGGCAAGGCGAAACUCACUUGGACACUCGUGCCUAGAAAACGCGGGUCCAGCAGAAAACCACUCGAACCUCUGUUUUCCAGGCACUACACAAGUCGAAGUGUGUACGAGCCUUCAGUUGGCUCUGCCCAUCAUUGGCUCUGGCUUCACCUACUGUUUGGGUGCCCUGCCUUCUGUCUCACGAGUUCCAAUGGGCACCAGCAGUGCUGUUUUUCUAGGAAAAGAGGUGCCGGAACUGAGUUCUGGCAAGUUCUGGCUGGAAAAAAGAAAGCAUGACCUGGCUCCAUCUUCAAAGUUGACAGAGGCUGGUUCUUAUUCCUCUGCCAACUCUGCCUCUGGAGUUAUCAGAAAGCAUAGGGUUGCCAUACGCCUGGAAUUUGUCAGACAUAGCUGGAAUAUAGCAGUCAGAAAUAGUGUCCAGACGGAAAUAGCUGACAUGCCUGGGAAAACCUGGAUAUAUGGCAUAUUGGAAGUCUAUAGUUUAGUGAAUUUGUAAAAAAAACAACAACAAAAAAACCUCAACUUUGGGCAAAACUAAACAAAAAAGCUCUACAACAACUUUUUUAUCCGAAUUUUCACUUUUUGAAAUAUGGCAACCCUAAGAAAGCUGUCCAGUCUCACCUCUCUGGGUGUUGUUGGCUGUUACAUUAGCUUUCCUGUCCACUUCCUCCACCACCCAAAUCAUGGAGAUGCCAACACAGGCAUGAACAGACAGGGGUGGUUCAACCUUGUCAGAGAAGUGCUAGACUGCUUACCCAGUCUAAGUAUCAGAACCACUUGCUGCACUUGUUGUGCCUGCCCCUUUUGCUUAUUGCAGGCUUGAAGGGGUGGGGUGGGGGGGCUAUCAUUUUUGGAUCGACAUCUUUACUUGUGCAGCUGUAUAUAGAGCACCUGCUGUGCCUUUGAACAGCAUUUUGCCUAUGUAUCACAUUGAUCUGAGCAUUGAACAUUUUGGUAAAAACUGCAACCUGAGUUCAAAUUCUUAAUCAAGUGGGAUCCAAGAUAUUAAGGUUCCCAUCCUCCUUCUCCCCUACAGGUCUUCUGGGCCCUACCAUCCGAGCAGAAGUUCAUGACAAGGUGGUCGUAACCUUUAAGAAUCUGGCUUCCCGUCCUUUCAGCAUCCACGCCAUAGGGGUGUCCUACUGGAAAGCUUCAGAGGGUGAGUUUGAUACACAAACAGCACCAUGUCCAUUCAUAUUGCACACCCCUUUAACAGAAUUUGGUAUGACCCACACAUCCUAACACCUGAUCCAAGGCUGUCCAAUUAGCUUUGUGGCUGAUGAGGGAUUCAAACCUGUGUUUCUACAGCCAUAUCCAGAUUGGGUUGGUUUUUUUUUUACAGAUGUAUUCUGCAACAUGGCAUUGAUGCAAUGAUUGAUUCAUUAGUGGUGCAUUGAUACUGGACCAUCCAAACAAAAAAAGUGGGUGGAUAACUCCCCACCACCAUCCUGGAACAUUUGUUGUGUAAAAAGCUACAGGAUUUCAGCUGGAAGUUACAGGAGGCUCACCAGCUGAAAACAAAGCAGUGUGACUGUCCCAAAACUUUUGCAGUUGCAAUCAGUGUUGUGGCAGGCACUCCAGUAUUUGAAGAGUGACAGACUCCAGGGGGUUCCAGUACUUAUCCAAGCUUUGUUUUCCUUGGUCAUUAGAGACUGUGGUGUCCCUAGGAUAUCUGGUUAUAUUUAUGCAUCUAUACAACCUGAGCAUAGGAUGGAGGAGCUCACAGCUUAGAUACUCCAACAGAUCUUGCUCUCCCAUUAGGUUUCCAGGUGGAUACCAAAAGCCAUAACUUUGCAUUCAGCACAGAGAGCAAGCCAAGUCUCUCUGUCUUCCAGAGCGGAUGAAAUAAAGACUAGCUCUUGGGCUGUUGUCCUCCUGCCUACAAUAUAACAUGGCCAGGUGAAAGGGGUGACCCUCUCCUAGAAGAGCAUUGCCACCCAGUUGUCUCUGUGGCAUCCCAAACCAAUCCUGUAACAGAAUUGGAAGUAGGUUCGGAUAUAAUUGCCCCAGCACCAUAAUGAGCACAAAUCAUCAUGAAUACACAAUACAAAGUACGUCUGGACAGUCCCUAUGUCAUGUUCAGAUCCAGUGUGCUGACUCCUGUAGUGUGAAAAUUAGACCUCAGUAAAAGGCUGUCAUAAAUAGGGAAGGGGGAUAAAUUCAGUUCAGUUCAUAUGUUAAAGCGAACCCACCUAAUCCAUGCUAUACACGAACUGAAACAAAGAAGCCCUCUGAAAUUCACUCUUCACCAAAUUUUGCAAUGCAGUUUUCCACCCAAGUAAUGCAUAUACCAAAGUGUGCUUUAACAUGUCAGUGAAAUAAAUUUUUUAAAAUGUAUUAUAAUAUGGGAAAUUGCUUUGCAAAAAUAAGUACACUAGGCAAAAUCACAUGCACAUAUGUGUAUAUUGGGGGGGGGCAGAAUCACACUAAAGUGCUGUUGAUUUUAAUGGGGACUUUUUAAAAAUUUCAAACUGAUGGGGGAAUGUAAACUUAAGAUUGGGAAAAUAAGAAACCAAAAUUAAAAGAUUCACCCAUUCCUACCCUUAAAGGAAAGGAUUGGCUCCAGCAACUGUAAUGUUAACUGAAAGGUUGCUUAUGUGUUUUCAGGGGCAGGUUAUGAUGAUGCAAGCAGCAGGCCAGAGAAAGAAGAUGAUGCUGUGGAGCCUGGCCAGACUCAGACUUACGUGUGGGACAUCUUAAAAGAGCAAGGUCCAACCGGGUCUGACCCACAGUGUUUGACUUAUGCCUACUCCUCUCGUGUGGACAGUGUCAAGGACGUCAACUCUGGCUUGAUUGGAGCCCUGCUGGUUUGUCAGCCAGGUAAGACCAGGAGAUGGAAGAGACCUUCCCAUUUGUAUCACUUUUUCUGAAAUACUUGCAAACAUUUCACAGACGUUUAUUCAACACAUUUCUAUAGCACUUAAUUAUUCACAUUUCUAAGUAGCAUACAUAAAAACAACUUACAGAAAAUGGGACAAUCAAACACUAAAUAUGUAUAAUAAACCAAACACUUCCUUAAAAUGCUUGCUGGAACAAAAAUGUCUUAGUCGUGUGCCUAAAGUUCAACCAGGAAAGUGUUUGUCUAAUCUCAGGUGGGAGGGAGUUCCACAGGCUUGGGCCACUACACUGAGUGCAUGGCUUCUAGUAGCUACAAGCUGUGCAUCUGAGCCAUGGAGGACUACACCAGCUGAGACAUAUCUCAGUGAUCAGGUCAGGAUAUAAGGGAUCAGGUGGUCUUUCAGAUAUCUUGGACUCAUGUUGUAAAGGGCCUUAUUAGCCCUUGUCUCUGCAGCCUUUACAACACCCCUAAAACAUAGGCCAAUAUUAUUAUCUAUAUUGUUCAGAAUUAGGUACAGGGCAACGAAGCUGAGAAAUAGUGGUUUGCUUCAUGCCAACCAAUAAGUUUGUGGCUGGGAUGAGAUUAGUACCCAACAUUGUCCAACUCAUUGCUCCAUGUGCUAAACAAAUGUGCUAUCUGGAAGACGGGAAAGAGGGGAAGGAGAAGAAAAUAUCUGAGACAAUGGAGAGAGUUAAAGCAACAUUUCGAGAGUCCUGUUUUGUUCCAUUCUGGAAGCUACUCAUUUCCUAUAACACAAGGAAGGGAAUUAUUUUUAUUGGCCAGCUGUGAGUAGAACAUGGGAACUCUUGGGAGGUGCCAGCAGUGGAAGUUUCAGAAGUGCAAAUGCUUUUCAUGAUAACCAACCUUUGCCAAACCACUUCUAAAGCUAUACUACAAAAGUAUGUUUUUGACCAGUGCAGGCAUUAUGGCUUCAGUACCAUGCCAGUUUAAAAUAAAAUAAAAUAACUCGCACCCCAGUACUUUGCUUAAACUCUAGCCAGUUGAAGGGUUCUGUUGACUAGCAGCCAGCUGCAUUUCUAUUUAGCUGAUUGCAGUCUCUGGGGGCUUGUGAACAGGACUUGUAAACAGGGGCGUUUGUAUGGCAUUAGCAGGGGUGUUUGAGGGGGAGGCUCAGGUAUACAGUGGUGCCCCGCAAGACGAAUGCCUCGCAAGACGGAAAAACCGCUAGACGAAAGGGUUUUCCGUUUUGAAGUUGCUUCGCAGGACGAAUUCCCCUAUGGGCUUGCUUCGCAAGACGAAAAUACCUUGCGAGUCUUGAGUUUUUUUUUUUCGCUUUUCCCCCCCUUUAUCUAAUCUGCUAAGCCUUUAAUAGCCUUUAAUAGCCUUUUAGCAGCUAAUCCCCUAAGCCUUUAAGCCUUUAAUAGCCGCUAAACAGCUGAUAGCGCUAAUAGCGCUAAUCCGUCAAUGGGCUUGCUUCGCAAGACGAAAAAACCGCUAGACGAAGACUCUUGCGGAACGGAUUAAUUUCGUCUUGCGAGGCACCACUGUACAUAGGACCAAGAGACAUGGUCAGAGAGGGAUGUGCUGCAGUGACCUUCCAAUACCUGUGCCAUGCUUUUCUUCCUGCCUGAGAAUAUGCAAAACUACACCUGCAGCAAGUGCCUUGCUGGGAGAGACACUAUAGCAAUUUGAGGCCCACCUAUCCACCUAUCCUUUGAGCUACUGGGAAAGAUGAGGAAUUUAUUGCCAGAGCAGAGUGUACUGUCCUAGAACAGCAGUGGAGGAAGAUUGCAGAUUACAGGAGACAAACCCCUGGAGGAACAUGACACACAGAAGCAGGACUCUCGGGAGCCAUGCUGUGUCAGUGGAGCUGCAAAAUGGAUUGCAUGCCCCCACUUCAGACACCAAUUCUGGGCCAAAGGAACAAGGACAGCAGUUGCAGACCUCAGACCAAAGUGACUUUGGAAGGUGCAAUAUACAGAACAAUCCUUGCCACUCCCAAGAGGAAGUGGUGGUAGGUGACUCCCUACAAAGGAGUCUGCAGCAGUGUGCAGAGGAAACAGGAUGUCCCAGGAAGUGUGCUGUCUUCCAGGUGCAAAGAUUCACAAUAUGACAGAGAAGUUGCCAAGUCUUAUAAAGCCAACUGACCACAAUCACUUCCUUCUGAUUCAUGGGGGUACAAACAAUACUGCCACACACAGCCUUUGAUGUAUAGCAAGGGAUUAUGAGACUCUGGGAAGGAAGCUGACGGGCCUUGGAGCACAGGUGGUUUUCUCAUCACUCCUUCCUGUUGAAGGUUGUGGCCCAGGAAGAGAGAGGAAAAUGCUGGAAGUAAUCGCUGGCAGCACAGGUGUUGUUAGGAAAUGUUUGGCUUCUUGGACCAUGGUCUCUGCUUCCUUGAAGAAGGGCUUCUGGCUAGAGAUAGGUUGCACCUCACAACGGUUGUCAAGAAUGUGUUUGUUAAGAGUCUCGCAAACCUGAUCAGAUCUUUAAACUAAAUCCUGAGGGCAGGGGGACAAAAUACAGGGGAGCACAUAUUAUGAGGGAUAAUAGCUGCAUUGAUGCACAGGAAACUGAGUUGGUGCUCCAGAAUUCUGCUAAAGGGCAGGAAACUACAAGAAGGAAGCAGCUGGAGGGAAUGGCUAAUGAUUUCAGUUGUCUCUGUACUAAUGUGCAGAGUAUGUGAAACAAGCAAGACGAUAAUAUAGGAUGGCAAAUAUGACCCAGUAGGCUUUACUAAUAGCUAGUGGGAUGAGGCUCAUGACUGGAAUAUAGAAAUUAAGGGGUAUAAAGGAAUAGACAAAACAAGAAGGGCGGAGCAGUAAAGGAUGUGUACACAUGUGAAGAAAUCCAUGAGAAGGAAGUACAAGAUGGAUGGGAGUUUCUUAAAGGUGAACCAUUGAAGGCACAAAUGCAGACAAUUCCAACAAGUUAGAAAAGUUAGAGGUAUCUAAAGAAAGCAGUGUGGCUGCGUAAGGAGCUUACAGAUGAACUGAGAUUUAAGAAGGGCAUUUAUAAAAAAAUGGAAGAAAGGGGAAAUCAUGAAGAAAGAGUAUACACGAGUAGAAGGGAAACAGUUGCAGGGGAAAGGUUAGGCAGGUCACAAUUUAGAAGGAUAUUGAAAAUGUGGAAUGUGUGUAGAGGAGGGCAACUGUUAAGUUGUGGGCGAACAUAUCAGACGACACAGCGAUUCUUCCAAAGUAGCUCUUUAUUUGUAAGCUGGAACAGAACUAACUGAGGAGCUCAGUCAGCCUGCUUAUAUAGAGCUCCAGAACAAUGUAACUGUUGCCAUUUUCUAAAACUAUCCAAUCACUGAACGUCACUUUCGAUCCUUCAUUUGCAUACAAACUAUCCAAUCACUGAACGUCACUUUCGAUCCUUCAUUUGCAUAACUAUCUACAGUAUCCCCCUGCUGGCCCAGGGUGAGAACUUCAGUACAUAACACCCCUCCCCACCGAGAUAAGGCGUUAGUUACAAUCGUAAUGGUUUCCUUAUAUACAGCACUACACAUAAUGGUUCAAUUAGGCAGAAAAAGCAUAUUGGUUGCAUUUCACAUACUUAGACCAACAGUGAUACAUGUCCAACAACAUAGUCCUUUAAGUAAGUUGGGUGCUUGGAAACUCUGCCAGACCGCCGGGGACUGGUAGCCAAGUCCGGGGGGCCACCCAAUUCUUGCUGAAGCUGUGGUGCAACCCUAGAUGGCAUUGAAACCAAGUCCUCUGGAUCCGCUGCUGUGGGUGGAGCCUCCGCAAGUGGAGUGGUCUGAGUCUGUGGUAAGUCUGGCAGACCCUCUGAAGUGGCUUGGUUCGGCUCCACGCUGGCAGUUUGCAAGAGAGGUGGAGCCUCACCAUCUGUAAGUGUCUCUUCCGGAGCCACGAGCGCAGUUGGGGGCACCACGGUAGUGUCCAAGUCCCCAACCCUACGCCUAAGCUGGUCUAUGUGCCGGCGCCACAAGCGUCCGUCUUCGAGUGCCACCUGGUACGAGCGAGGUCCAGUGACUCCCACUACUGUGGCUGGCACCCAAGGAAUGUCCCCCACAUAGUUCCAGGCAAAGACCUGGUUUCCUGGAACAAAUGACCGUGGCGCAUUGGCACAGCCUGGGGGUUCGGCCACGGCAAAGUCCGGGUGCAGCCGGUCGAGCGGGAAACUGAGGCGGCGGCCCAUAAGCAGUUCGGCAGGACUCCGCCCUGUGGCCGCAUGAGGGGUGAUGUGGUGCACGAACAAGUAUUCGGCGACCCGCUCGUGCCAGUCUCCCCGGUCCAGGCGCGCCAGUGCCUCUUUUGCCGAGCGCACCAUUCUCUUCGCUUGCCCGUUGCUGGAUGGAUGAAAUGGUGCCGUUAGGGCAUGGCGGAGGCCCAGUCCCAAAAGAUACCACUCAAAAGUGCCUGACGUGAACUGCAGUCCGUUGUCAGAGACAAGGACAUCAGGACACCCAUGCCUCGCAAAGAGGCCUCGCAGCACCCAGAUGACGGCCUCGGUAGUGGUGGAGGGCAUCAGGGCCACCUCCAGCCAUUUGGAAUAGGCGUCCACCACUACCAUAAAGGUCCGGCCGUGAAAGGGGCCAGCCAGAUUGAUGUGCACCCUCGACCAGGGUGUCUUGGGCGUCUCCCAGGUGUGUCCCUUAGCUGCCGGUGGUGCAGGCCUCAAUUCUUGGCACGCUUGACAGGCGGACACCCAGGCAGUGAUGGCAUCGUCCAUGUUAGGCCACCAGACGUAACACCGAGCCAACGCCUUCAUUUUGACGAUUCCCGGGUGGCCAACGUGCAGAGCCUCCAGGACACGUUGACGGAGUCUUUGGGGAAUCACGACGCGGUCUGGAAACCAAGCCUUAUCAGGAAUGGUUAAGGGAGUUUGGUAUGUUCAGCCUGGAAACGAGGAGAGGAGAUAUGAUAGCAAUAUUCAAAUAUCUAAAAACUUUCACAUGAAGAUGGUUUCUCAUACUUCAGAGAGUAGAACCCAAACCAACAGGUUCAAAUUACAAGAAAGGCGAUUCCGACACCAGGAAGAACUUUUUGAGGGUAAGAACUGUUUGAAAGUGAAAUGGACUCUCUCAGAAAGUGGACUCUCCUUCCUUGGAGGUUUUUAAGCAGAGGUUGGAUGGCCAUCUGUCAUGGAUGCUUUAGUUGAGUUCAUGCAUUGCAGGAACUAGAUGACCCUAAGGGUCCCCUCUAACUACAAUUCCAUGAUUCUAUAACUCAAAAGCUGGAUCACCCUUUGUUGAUAUUUUGGUAAAUCAUUAUAAAAGAAUUUUUCAAAAUUAAAGUUUUGGUUUUGGUUUUGCUUGCUAGCGUUACCCACCUCUUCUUCUGCUGAGCUUAUUUUGUGGGUUUCUUGCUGCAAAAGUGAGGCAUGGAGAGGUUUGACAAAGAGCACCCCGGAGAUUAUAUACCGUAUUUUUUGCACCGUAACACUCACUUUUUUCCUCCUUAAAAGUAAGGGGAAAUGUCUGUGCGUGUUAUGGAGGGAAUGCCUACGGGUGGCAUGCCUACGGAUUUUCCUCUAAAAACUACGUGCGUGUUAUGGUCGGGUGCAUGUUAUAGAGCGAAAAAUAUGGUAAUUGUCCCUGUUGUGAUGUAAGUGGUGGCUCUUUAUCUCUGCCCAGCCCUGCUGCAUUACAGGACUGGGUACUGGAGGUUUUCUUUUUCUUUUUUAAUGAUUCCAUUUUCAAAAAUCUUGUAUGCAGGGACCCUGAUGAGUGAAGGAAUUCAAAGCAUAGUGCAAGAAUUUGUGCUACUCUUUGCAGUGUUUGAUGAAGGUAAGAAUGGUGUGGGGAGGAAGGGAAGAAGAGGGUAGAACAUUUGUCUUGCAUGUGGAAGAUUCCAGGUUGAAUCCCUGGCAUCUCCAGGUGGGGCUGGGAGAGACCCCCCUCUCUUUAACCUUGGAGAGCUGCUGCCGCUCAGUGUAAAAAAUACUGACCUAGAAGGACCCUGAGUGAGUGUGAAGCAGCUUCCCAUGUUCCAUCUUUUGAUGUUUUUCCACAUCCCUGCAGGGAGGAAAAACCUUCUGUAGCUAAUAGCAAUGUCCUUUCUCUUGCUAAGGAUGAUGCUAAAACUGGUGGUGACCCUGGACACAGCUUCAGAUAAACGUAUUUCAAGAGCUAUGUUAUGGACUAGGUUGGGUCUGGGCCACAUAAGCUAAUAACACAAUAAAUUGGUGUGUCUUCAGGGUGCCAAAAGGCUCCUUAAGAGUUUCAAGGACUGGCCAAGUGAUUUGCCACUGAGAUGUUAUCUUGCUUCAGCAUGUGAUAGCAAUAAGGUAGAAUAGUCCUAAGGCAAUAGAGUAGACUGCAUCAUUUCAGAUUAUUGGUUGGUGGGUGUUACACUUUUUAUUGCAGCAACACUGUAAAAUAAUUUCAAGUAGAAAAUUAGCCCAGCAGGAAGUUGGCUACCUUUCUUCCUGAUGCAUUACUUUGUUUUUUGAUUGCAAGAAACUUGGUCCUCAGGAGAACCAUGACCAAUAUAAUCUCUUACCUGGUAGACUAGAUUGGUAUAGUCCAGUCUGCCAGAUGAAUAUUUCACCUAUCUAAUUCUGCUGCAUGUGUUAGAUCAGGUCUGAUCCAGAGUGAUAUUGCUUUAGACUAAGGUUGAGGAAAGCUCAGGACAUUGUCAGACUCUAACGCCCCUCAGCCCUAGCCAACAUGGCCAGCAGUCAGGGUUGAUGGGAACUGGAGUCUAGCAACAUAUUGAAGACCAUGGGUUCUACAUCAUUUCCAUGGCCCUUUUAUAAUAUUGAUGAGAAGCUGCACAGGUUGGACUGGAGCAUCUCAAAGCAAUCCCAAGAGUCAGUCAGACUUCGAAGGGCCAGUUACAAAACAGGAAUUAAUUCAAUUACAGCAGGAGAAUGAGUAAAAGAGUAUAGGAAAAAAUAAACUUAAUUUGUUUAUAGUCUCAGGAUUUACCCCCAUUUUUAAGUGAAAAUCCUAUGCCUGUCUCCUCAAAAGUAAGCUUCAUUAGUCAUUGGAACUUACUCCCAGGUCAGUAUGUACAAGACUGCUGACUUAUUUUGCUGGGCUUUAUUCAACUAAGUUUUACUCAGAGUAGACCAACUGAAAUUACUGAACCUAACUUUGUCCUGUUCUUUACUUUCAGUGGGUCUACCAUUCACACUGUGAGUAAAACUUUGUUGAAUACCACCCACAAAACAUUUUAUGACACUCUUCAAUAAACUUCCAGGGUAGAAGUUUACACACACACACACACACACACACACACACACACACACACUCUAAUUAAAAGCCAACAACAGCUAAAUAGAUAAAAAGGAAGAAAGUAGGCAUUUUAAAAAUCCAUAAAAUUCAACAGAACUGAUAAAGCAAGACCUACAGCCAGCUUUCCUGGUAAGCAACCCAAGCAAAUAAAAACGCUCCACCUGAAAAUGACACCAGAGUAGCUGCCAAGUGAGUGAGCCUGUUAGUUUUUAUUGGCAUGAUAUUGAGAUUAUGGGUUAAUAGCUUGGGCAUAGCCCAAAAAGUAUUGAAAUACAUUAAAAACACUCAGUUAACUAAGUUUCUGUCCCCCCACAGCAGACUCCUGCCCCUCAAACAAAAGCCUGCCCCCGUAGUGUCCUCUUUUAGGGGGGGAUUUUACCUGUGAUCUCCCCCAAAAAGCUAAACAACUUUUUGGUCCCCUCCUAACAAAAAUCCUGGCUACACCUAUGGUUAAUAGGAUCCAGAAAAGGGCAGACAAAAUGAUUAAAGGGUUGGAGAAACUCUCCUAUGAGAAAAUGCCUUUGUGGUUUUAGUAUAGCAGGGGAAAGGCAAAAAAGAGGAGGCACAAUAGAGGUAUGUAAAAUAAUGCACAGUGUGGAAAAAGUGGAUUGGGAGAUGUUUGUCUCCGUGUGUUAUAACAUUAGAACUAAUGGACAUCCAACAAAGGACUUAUCCACACUUACCUUUUGCCUCACUCUUUCCCGGCACAGGUCCAUGUUUUAAAACUCCAUGUCCAAGCACUCUCUUUUUUUUGCCAUGUUUGUUGUUCUUUUUUCAAUAAUGACUUGCAAGUUCUUUCACAGCAGCUGCCUCUGCCUAUUCUGUAUAUUUGAAGCAGAAAUUCUUGUGGAUCUUGAGAAGAGUCAUGCAAUCUUCCUCUGUCUUUCAAAUGUCUCCCAUCAGGCAAAAGCUGGUACUCUGAAUCCAACACCUUAGGAAAUGCUUUGUCCCCUGAGCUGCACACUAUCAAUGGAUUCAUGAAUCUCUCCCAGCCUGGUAAGUGCCACCUAUAUCUUUCCCCUCAAGAAAAAAAGAAGUGAAUGAUGGAAUGAUUGACAGAAGGUGAUGGUGGUGAAUGUAAACACCACGAGUGAGGCUGAACAGAAGCACAAUGGAAAAGCAGAGGGAUGUUUUAAAUUUCUAUAUUCUAUAUAGCUUCUAUAUUCUCAGGAGCCAUUUUGUAUGGUGGCUUAGGAGGGGCAUUUUUCAGGGUUGGUCCAAGCUGUUUUGUGGGUUGAAAUAGAACACCAAGCAGCACCCCACUUUGCUAGACAAAUAUUCCCUUUUGCCAACCAAGUCUUACUUUACCAUCCUGGCACCAAUUUCUGCCUUCAGCUAAGGUCAUACCCACACCAGACAUUUAAAGCACUGUUAUACCACUUCAGUGUGAGCUACAGUUUCUUCAUGGCUGUUGAAGUGGUAUAAUUAAUAGUGCUUUAAAUGUCUGGUGUGGAGAUGACCUGGCUAAAGUCUGUGGCUUGAAGCACUCUGUUUCACCAUGCUGUACAGAAGGACUAGCCCUAGUAUUUUUGCCACUGUUAGAAGCUGAUGGAGUUAGAACAGGCAUAGGCAAAGUUGGCUCUCCAGAUGUUUUGGGACUACAACUCCCAUCUCCCUGACCACUGGUCCUCUUAGCUAGGGAUGAGGGGAGUUGUAGUCCCAAAACAUCUGGAGGGCCGAGUUUGCCUAUGCCUGAGUUAGAAUAUAUAAUUCACAGAUCUGUAUGUUGCUGUUCCAUAGCUAUCAGAGCUAUGGGGAGAAACAUGCAUUGCUAUUAAAGGGUUUCUAGGCUGUGGAGUGACUCCAUUAACCCAGGUUAGUCAUUGGUUUCUCCUCCUCGUCUGGAAGGACUACAAAGGGCAAUAACAAUAGCAACUGCUCUUUUGACUCCUGGCUCAAGAUUCUUGGCUGCAACUCCUGGCUCAAGAUUCCUCCCUCUGCUUCUUUGUCCUGACCCCAAGUCCCUGUUUGAUAGCAUCAAAACCAAUGCAUUCUUGAGUGAUCAGGCUUCAUAAACAAAGCUAGUGCUUCCAGCAGUAAGAGAUUCACCAUAGACUCUAACAUGGUAUUUAACAUAAGUAUGUACAGAUGAGAUACAUACAAAAUGAUUUUUUUAAAAAAAUCCAACUUUAAAGCAUGGAACAUUUUUCUUUCUAUAAAGUUGAAGAAAUUUUUUCUUUACCUUACAAGUGAAGUUUGGCUUGGCUGCCAGGGGCAAAAUAAAAUCUUCAGGGCAAGCCUGUGGUAGCACCCAUUGGGAUGUCUUGAGCAUCACUGAACAGUUUCCUCACUUGUAUAUUUUCUAUAUCUCUUGUAGAUUUCAAGGUGUGCCAGAAUAGACUGGUCUACUGGUAUGUCAUUAGUUUGGGCACCAAACCUGAAGUCCACUCCAUUUUCUUUGAGGGCCACACUUUCCUUGUGAGACACCAUCGGCAUACUACUCUGGACCUCUCCCCAGCUACUUUUCUCACUGCCGAGACAAUGCCCACAACCAUCGGCAUAUUUCAGAUGUUCUGCCAGAUCCCAUCACACCAGCAAGGUAACAGCUAUAGGAAAGAGGAGGUGCUAAUGAAGGAUCAGAAAUGGAAAACCAAUGGGUGAACCUCUCCCUCCCCUUUAUUGAAAAAUGGUAUUUGAGUUGAUAUGAGAUGCAUAGUAACAGGCUAGGAUACAGCGAGGUUCCAUUAGCUUCUGCACCCUGCCUUCUCUUGGGGCUCCAGCGUACUGUUAGUUGCUUAAUUUAAAACUGUAUAGGGCAGAAAUGGGAGACCCUGUGGCCCUCCAGAUGCUGAUAGACUACAGAUGCCAUCAGCCUCAUGAAUUUGUGAGUUGCUUAAUUUUAAAUUGUGCAGGGCAGAGUUGAGGAACCUGUGACCCUCAAUAUGUUGGUGAGCUACAACCCUCACCAGCCGCAGCCAGAACAGCCAGUAUCCAAGGAUGAUAGGAGUUGCAGCUCACCAACAUACUAAGGAUCAAAGAUUCCGAGAACAACAGCAUUAUUUGUGCAGGGAAUGUUGUCUGUAGAGGAGGAGUCAGACGUCAACAGAUUUCCCACCUGAAAUGUGAAGGGGUGCAGGCCAGACACAGGUUGACCACCUUAGUGAGCUCUAAGCCCAGGGAAGACAAAGUAGGCACAUAGGAGAUAACACCUAUUUCUGACCUUUACUUCCAGCUGGCAUGGAAAUCUUAGUUACGGUAGAAGUCUGUCCAAACCUACCCAUGAAGAAGAUGAGGGUGGCGGAAGGGGACUACGUGGAUGAAGAGGACUACUUGGAAUACAGUGAGGCCGAUAUGGAAAGCACAGUGAUCCAAAUGGGUGAUUCUCCACCCAGGAUUACAGGCCGUUCCCGUGCCAAGAGGCAGCCUAUGACCUGGAAACAUUAUAUAGCAGCAGAAGAGGUUGUUUGGGACUAUGCUUCAGAUAACUCCACUUAUUUAUCCAGGUAACAGGGUCAGCUGUGUUUCUGUAAGCAUAGGGUUUAAGUUUGUGGCAGGCUGCAGCAGAAUCUGGCACAGUAAUAUUAUCAUUAUCGUUGUUGUUGUUCAGUUUCUAUCGCUCCCUCCCUGCCUCCCUCCUUCCUGAUGGAGCCCAAGGCGGUAAUACUAAAAAUACAUUUUAAAAAGCAUUCUAAAAAUACUUUGAAACAUUCUCAAAACAACUGAUCUUUCAGUCUUGAAAUACCAGGGUAGACAGAUUGUUUUAGAAUUCCACCUGUAGGUCACCAGGGAGGGCAUUCCACAAUCUGGGAGCCACCACUGAGAAGGUUCUGUUCAUAGGUCAGUGCCAACCAGACAGCCCCCAGUGGUGGUGGUGGUGGUGGUAGUAGUUAUUUAAUUUAGGAAUUGCCUUUUACAUAUAUGUCUUAAGGCAAUUUACAGUCAUAUCAUAAAAGCAGCUGUAGUUUUCUAAGCAGUACAAAACAAACACCUAAGACAGGAAAUGUAGUCACAGAGAAGUUGAUGGUUGGAUAGUGGGUCAAGCUAGGCAAGACAAUUUGUGUUCCUGCUCAGCAACUUGCUACUCAGCCUACAUUGACAGGUAUCCCACAAUGAUGACCGCUGACAGUGACACUGCCAAUACUCCAGGACCUCUUCCCUGAAGUCUGUGAUGAGAUGAAUACUUAUCUGGCUAGGUGCAUGUCUCAGGUGCCUGAGAUGUGAUGGCCAAAGCAUGAUAGCCCUCUCCAGAUCUAACAUCAGCUCAUCCCAGAACGUUUCUCCCUUCUCUUCUGCAGUGCUUACGCCAAACAGUUUCUGGAACAUGGUCCCCAGAGGAUUGGCUCCAAGUAUAAGAAAGUCGUGUUUGUGGAGUACGAGGAUGCGAAUUUCAAGAGGCGGAAGGCAUCGAAACCAGACCACAUGGGGAUUCUAGGGCCGGUCCUUAAAGGAGAAACUGGUGAUGAGUUUAUGGUAAGAGAUGAGAAAGGUCAGAGCUACCCCUUUGUGAUCAUCAGUAUACCACCCCACGCUCUUUGUCUCUUUUUCUCUCACCCCCUCUUCUUUCUCAGUCAUUCACCCCCACACACAUCCACACCCUUCUCCUGCCCCCAUACCAUCCUAAGUCCUAACUAUGACUUAGGUGAUUGUCAGUGAGUUGCAGCAAGUCUUAAGCUCACACACUUUCCUUCUGUUUUCCUCCUCCUUUAUCUGUGAGGGGAGUGAAAGUUUUUACUUUUCCUUUAGACCAAACCACAGUUUCAUGUUACAAUUCUGUUAUUCUGUGUAAGAACUAUGUAAGAACUUUUAGAAAUUUAAAAAUGUCUAGGGCAGAAAUGGGAGACCCUGUGGUGUGGUCUAAAGGAAAAGUAAGGUUUGUGUGAGUGACCUUGUGUAAGUAACUUUGGCUAACAAACCACAGUUCCCUGAGUUCACAUGUGAUGUGGAACUGUGGCUUGUUUUCUAAUGCGGAAACAACAGCUUUCACUCUCCUCAUCUUAAUAUGAAGCAAGGAGAUGAGUAGGAAUACACAAGCCUGAGGCUUGCUGCAGCUUCUUCACAAUCACCUAAACCAAGUUUUAAAUGAUCAUCUGAAUGAACUCAUAUGGUCUAGACUCUAAAGCAUUAUUUUAAAACAGUGCUGCUAAAGACAAUUCUAUCCCGAGGAACUAUUUAUAUAUCUAUUCUGUCUUGGGAAACUGUUUGAGGGUUGUAGCUCAGUAUUCUUUUCCCUUCUUGAAUCUUUUGCUAAUUUGUAAAUUGUAACUGCCCUAUUUGUUUUGUAUUUCUACUAAUCAUGUUCUCAACCUGAGAUUGAGGUAGGUAGCAGUGUUGGUCUGACGCAGUCGAAAUAAAUAAAAAACUUUUUUAAAAUUGUCCAGUAGCACCUUAGAGACCAACUAAGUUUGUUCUGGGUAUAAGCUUUCGUGUGCAUGCACACUUCUUCAGAUACACUGAAAGAGAAGUCACCAGACCCUUAUAUACAGUAGGAGGGUGGGGUGCUGUUUUUCUCAGAUCAGGGGCACAGCAAUGGGCACACGCAUGGCCCCACAGUAUGCCAACAUCUUCAUGGCAGAUUUGGAACAAUGCUUCCUAAACUCCUACCCUUUCAAACCUCUCUUGUACCUGCUAUACAUUGACGAUAUUUUUAUUAUUUGGACACAUGGUCAGCAGACCCUGGACACCUUCCACCAGACAUUCAGUGACUUUCACCCCACCAUCAACCUAACAAUGAACCCAUCUAUGCAAGAAAUACAUUUUCUGGACACUACUAUAAAAAUACAGGAUGGGCACAUAGACACGAACGCUUAUACCCAAAACAAAUGUAGUUGGUCUCAACCUGAGAUGUAACCUAGGAUUCUGAGGGAAGAUUCAGGGCUCGUUGACACAACCAUUUCAGCAGUCUGUGGUAGUUUUCACAGAAAUUGGCAGAGGCUGAAUUGAUUUGUGUCAAAGACUUCCAGUGCUAUCUGCCAAGCUCAUCGGUCUGGAUGUAGAGCAAAACAUUUGGGGUGGUUCUUUUCUCCCAGCUUGCCAGUCUUCUAAACAGUGUACAGGCUCUGAUAAAAUAUAUUGUUACACCUGACAUUUGGGCUCCAGCAGGGCUACAAAUCCUGGUUAAAAUGUGAAAACUGUCAUUUCAGAUUAUGUUCAAGAAUCUAGCCAGCCGGCCGUACAACAUUUACCCCCAUGGCAUCACCAGUGUCACUUCCUUUUACCCCAUGAGAAGCAGCAAAAGUAAGACUCGUUCAGCAGAUGGGAGUAGAUUCCUUAGAGUGGGAGGGGUGCAUGCAUAUUGUCUUUUUUCCCUUUUUAAUCAAACUAUUGUGGAAAGUACUGUGCCAUACAGCACCAGGAAAAACCGAAAUAAUUUGCUCUCUAUGAGCAUACACACAUUAAAAUAACCAUGCAUAUAUUUGCAUAUUUGUCAAUUAUUUAUCCUGCUUCAGCUAAUCAUGGAGGUGGGGAGCAAUCUUGAACAAUUCAUGCAAAUUGCUUUUCAGUUGAGAGAUCACCAGGUAUUUCCUCAUCAGCUUUCAAGCCCUACUUUGUAUUCCACUUAAGGAGUAGACAUGUCUUUGAAAAACAAGAUUGACAGGGUGCUCACUUUGGUACAAAAUCCUAACUUUGCUACGUGUGUAGCAUCGUAGAAUAUGCACCACCUUGCUUUUAGAAAUCUGCCUGCCUUCAGUGCUGCUCCUUACCAUUGUCUGCUGUUAGUCAUGCUCUAGUCUUAGCAGGACUUUUCCACUGUAUUUUACCUUCCAAUGCCCCACUUUUUGUUUCCUUUCCUUUUUCCUUUUGCUAGGCUGCCAUGUGGCUUUCUAAAGGCUACUGCUUGCCCUCUUCUGCAAGAGACUGAGGUGUACCAAUCUGGUUUGCGUGUCACGGUAAGCCAAACUGUAGCUUACCAGGACCAUGCAAAUGUGCUGGCGCUCCAGUCCUUUUAGGUCAGUGGACAUGGCAGCUUAGAGUGUCAUCUGAACUUGAGAUUGUGGCUAAGCUGUCUCCUUCUUAAACAUGAACUAUAGCCAAGAACAAAUCUUAACUACAGUGGUACCUUGGGUUACAGACGCUUCAGGUUACAGACUCUGCUAACCCAGAAAUAGUACCUCGGGUUAAGAACUUUGCUUCAGGAUAAGAACAGAAAUCGUGCUGCAGCGGCAUGGCGGCAGUGGGAAGCCCCAUUAUCUAAAGUUGUACCUCAGGUUAAGAAUAGUUUCAGGUUAAAAACAGACCUCCGGAACGAAUUAAGUUCUUGACCUGAGGUACCACUGUAUAGCUCCUGUUUAAAGAAGAGUAGGGAUGUCAGAGGAUUUUAUCAACAGCAAAAAUGGGAGCGGGAAUUGCUAGUGCUUGCUUAUUUGUCCCAUGUCCAGAAUGGAUCAGUAUUCACUUUUCAGUCCGCAAAUAAUACAUCAUUGAUUAUGUUCUCAUUUGCCUUGUACUGGCAAUCCUCCUUUUGCAUGGGGGUUCGGUUCUGGUCCCCCACGCCUGUCAGCGGAGUGUGUUUUGGGGCUACUUCCAGGUUUGGCAUGUAUGUGUGAUCGCCCAUCAUUCAGACACACCUAAACCGGGAAUUGCCUCUAUUUCCUUUGCAUUGAAAUGAACGCAUAAUGAUAACAUAAUUUUUGUGACUUACGCAAUUAAUUACGUGAAUUUUGUAUGUAAUUUUGCCACAACAGACAGCAAAACAAAUAAUGUCGUUUUUGGUGGAAGAUGAACUUCAGUGGAAUAGAAACAGUGCUGUAUGCAUAUAUGAGAGGAAAUUGUUUUUGCAAAGCAUUAGGUAAAAUUGCAGUCAAAAAUGUGUAGGCCAGGAGAAAGUAGUACUAAAACGCUGAUGGAUUUGUGUGAGGACAUUAGGAAAACAAUCCUGCAAAUUGACGUGGAACUGUGGAGAAGACUGAACAAUGAAAAACUGGGAGAAAUUGAAAUUGACAGGUGUAAUGGUAGUAAGCCCCAUUGAAUCACUUCUGAGCUGACCACAGUUAGGAUUGCCCUGUACAUCUUUAGCCAGUUUUUGAUUUUUAAAAGCUGGUGGCAAAUACAGUAACACAAUGGUCUUACGGUUUGUUUCCUCCCAGAUCACGUUAUGAAGCUCUUGCCCAUUCGACCUAACCAGGUGUUCACCUACAGGUGGAAGAUAAUGCCUGAGGAUGGCCCAACCAACUCAGAUCCCCGCUGCCUGACUCACUACUAUUACAGCUCUAUCAAGCCUGCUCGGGAUUUAGCCUCUGGGCUAAUUGGACCAUUGCUGAUCUGCUUCAAAGAGACCAUGGAUCGGAGAGGGAAUCAGGUUGGUCCUUGUAUCUUAGGAGAAAGCUUCACAAAAUAGCAUGAGGUCAACUUCAUGUUAUGUGUAAGUGUGUGUAUUAGAGCCCAAAUGUAUUAGCUAUGAGUAAAGAAGUUGUGUGUGUGUAUUUGUGUGUGUGUGUGUGUGUGUGUGUGUGUGUAACUCUUUCCAUGCUCACUUCUUUCCCCUAAAUUCCCCCCUCCCUUCACCUAUCCUCCCAAGGGAGUUUUAGCCAUGUGCUUGAGAGAGUAAGAGCAUGUGAAACCCAAUAAGGGGGAGCUACAGUGAUCUGGUUUGGAUUCAGUGCAAACAGUGCUUAGCGUGAAUGUGCAAACUUGCAGGUUCCCAGAGCAAAGACUAAGGCUGCAGCAGCACACCUCUUCCAGUCCUGUUAUUGCUAUUUGGGGCUAAGAUAUAUCUUGGCAUGGCUUAGCAUAUUGCCUGAACCUGGAACUCAUGGUUUGCGAGACAAACCACAAGCUGAAACUAAAGUUUGUUCUUGGUUUACUAGUCAUGGUUUUUCCUGGGGGAGGCAAACCACAAGCCUAGGUUCAUAUGUAAUGCUAAACCAAAGCCUGACUUUGGUUAGCAUAGCAGCAGCAGGACUGGGGAGAAUCACUCUGUGGCUGUGAUAUCCCAUCUGGGAAGCUUCACAGUGUUCAUGCAAAGCCACAAUUUGACUUAGCAUUGCAGCUGACGAUGCCAGUGGGGGAAGGAGAUGGUCCUCAUCUACUCAGAGACUUUCAACCAGACACUGCCAAGCCCAAACUGGCUUUGCUUCUGGGAUGUUGCUGCUGCCUUAUGUGUCUAUUAGACCAUGCAAAGGUACUUUACAGGCAGCCAUGGGUGACCAUCCCUCUGAAUUGUAACCAAAAAAAGCAAGAGGUCAGUGAAGACUUUACAAAAUAGCAGAAUAAUGAGUUCUGUAAGAUGAACCCUGGCCAACAACCUGGCCCUUAUGUCAUGGAGUAGCUGCAUAAUUUUCAAAUUAAUAAUGUAAUAAACUAACAUGGAAUGUUACCAGGGCAUGGAUAACUGUGGCAAGGCUCUGCAUGGUUGUCCACUUGUGAGUGGGUGUUUGAACUGGAUGAUCUCCAGAUCUCUUCCCAAUUCAUUUUUUUUUAAUGGCAACCCAGGCCAUGCUUAGCAGUAUCAGCUUACUGUUAGAUAUAGUAGAGGUGACAAGUUGACAUGGGAACCAAACAGUUGGCUGAUUGCUGUAAUUACUGAUACUCCAGCUUAACUCUGAGGUGUUUGCAGAGAAAUGAUUUAAAGGUCUGCAUGGGGAGCAGUUCAGAGUUGGGCACCGAAAGGCACACGUUCUAGCAAGAAAGCUAGAACCGGAUAACAAAGAAGCAAGGUGGAAAGAAUAUUCCCCUCCUGCUAUCUCAUCUCCAUAUCCAAAAAACCUUGAGCAGUGAUGCUUGUUGUCUCUCCUCAACCCUUUCAUCUGUGGUUCUUCCAGAUGAUGUCAGAUGAAGCAAGAUUUGUUCUGUUUUCUGUCUUCGAUGAAAACCUCAGCUGGUACUUGGAGGAGAAUAUCAACCAGUCCUGUUCUGAUGCAGCCAAUGUCAACCCCCAGGAUCCUGAGUUCUAUGCUUCCAACGUUAUGCACAGUAAGUAGCCCCAGAAGUAAAGCUGUGUGGGGCGGGGGAGGAAAGGGGGGGAAGGGUGCAUCCCUAUCCCAGAAAAGCCACACACACACACACACACACACACACACACACACACACGCCUACCUACAUACAAGCUUAAGCAUGCUGUGAGAGAUCUAUUUACAUCACUUAAAUUUCAUUCAGUACAGGCCCUUUCAGAAGUCCUUUUAUUGUGCAUUCAUAAUCAUUUGUGCUCAUGAUACUAUUUGCGGCAGCCUUACACAGUCCCGCUUUCAGUACCUGUCUGUGCCUUUAGAAGUUUUGGGGUGCUCAUACUACUUAAGUUAUAAUCAGUGAAUAUCCUGUAACUUUCUGCAUUACUUUUUAUUCAGCAAAUGUUCUGCGUUGUUCUUUUUGUCCGCUUUUGUGGCACAUGGGCCCCUCCAAACAGCAGUAAUUCAUUGGGGAAGUUUUGCAGAUCUAAUAAAGCAGAAAAAAAAUGACCACUAAUGCACUAUUGUUGUGUUGCAGGGAGGGACUGAGCACUCUUACUCCACCCAUGUGCUUUCCAAAAACUAGCAGCUACUUUUAAAAUAGUCUUUAGGGAUUCCAGGACUCUAUUAUUUUAAUCCUCAUCUGUUUGUUUUUGAAACUCUUUUUUUGGCCUCAGUCCACCCUGUGACCUGGAUGUUCAUGGCAUUUUCCCCAUCUCACUUCUCUUACAGGUAUAAAUGGCUAUGUUUUUGAUAAUCUGCACUUCAAGAUUUGCCAAAACAAAGUUGUGUAUUGGUACAUCCUCAGUGUAGGUUCCCAGACUGAGUUUCUGUCUGUCUUCUUCUCCGGGAAUACUUUUCAGCACAACACAGUCUUUGAAGAGACCCUCACGCUCUUUCCCCUCUCUGGAGAGACUGUCUUCAUGUCCAUGGAGAAACCAGGUGAGUUAGAUGUGCUAUUUAAGGUAAAGGUAAAGGGACGCCUGACAGUUAAGUCCAGUCGCGAACGACUCUGGGGUUGCGGUUCUCAUCUCGCUUUACUGGCUGAGGGAGCCGUUUGUCCGCAGACAGUUUUUCUGGGUCAUGUGGCCAGCAUGACUAAGCCACUUCUGGCGAAACCAGAGCAGCACACUGAAACACUGUUUAUCUUCCGGCUGGAGCGGUACCUAUUUGUCUACUUGCACUUUGACGUGCUUUCAAACUGCUAGGUUGGCAGGAGCUGGGACCGAGCAACGGGAGCUCACCCCGUCGUGGGGAUUCAAACUGCCGACCUUCCGAUCAGCAAGCCCUAGGCUCAGUGGUUUAGACCACAGCGCCACCCGCAUCCCAUGCUACUUAAGACAAUAUGCCAAAUCUGAUCCCUUCCUAAGCACCAGAAGUCAUUUGACAUGAAAAAGUGACUUAGCUUCUCUAACCUUUAACAUUAUUUAAUGUCUGUCCUGCUUUGUUUUCUUUAAAAGAAGAGUUAAAGUGAGGAUGACUAAGCAGGAUGGACUCAUUUAAAGAGGCUUAAGAGUUCCUUCUCUUGAUCUAUUGCAGUCGUAGCUAACGCUGUACCCUCCAGACAUUGUUAGACUACAUCUCACAUCAUUUCCUGACCAGUGCAUUUUUAAAGGGGUACUCAGAGGUACGCACUACUCCUGACCAAUGGCCAUACUGGUUGACAGAGGUAUCCUGUCCUAUUUCACCACCAGUUCUGCUGCCAGAACAUCCUGGCUCUUGCCAAACGUGACAAGAGCUGGGGUAUUCCACAAAGCAUUGUCACUCAGCUUCUCUGCUGAGUGGCCAAGCAACAAUAUAGCAUGCAGGAAUGCCCUGGCUCUAGCCAAAUUUGGAGGGAGCCAGAGCACUGCUCAAAGCAUUGCUGCUCAGCUUCUCCACCCCAGGGAGCAGGGGAGCCAAGCAGUAAUGUGGCAUAUAGGAACACCCCAGUUCUCACCAAACUUGGCAGCAGCUAGGGCAUUCCAUAAAUCAUUGCCACUCAAGCUUCUCCACCUGUGGGCGCUGAAACACCUCCCUCUGGCCACUUCUGCUGGAAGUGAUAAGGUGGGCUGAGCACUGCCUAUUACACUUUUGCCACCUGAGGUGGGCGCUUCACCCUGCCUCAUGGGUGGGCCGGCUCUGUGUGGCUGGAGCUGAUGGAAGUCAGACUCCAUCUGCAGGGCACUGGGUAUGUUACCUAUUCAUUGUCUCACGCAUACAGUAGGAUAGUGGGGUCUGCUCUGUCCCUUCCCAGGCUGCCUCUGUUCUCAGUAAAAGAGGUCUACACAUUGUCUGUUGGGACCUGGUAACCCAGCAGUCAGCCUCCUGGAAUUCAUCAACACAAUUUGAAUUUUGAGAGAGAGUGUUAUUGGUCCUACCCCUUCUGGUUGUUGUACCCCUAACCGAGCAGAAAGAGACAAAGCUCCUGUGCUUUAUUGCCAAUACUGAUCUCAUUUUUUCCUUCAAUCCUUUUACCUGAGAUAGGCACAUGGAUAUUGGGAUGCUUGAACCCAGACUUCAGGAGGCAAGGAAUGAGAGCCACGUUCACUGUUUCCAAAUGCCCCAGUGAAAUGGAAUAUGAUUACUCUUAUGAAUUAAUACCAGAAGGUGAACUAAAUGAAGCCAAUGUCUUGCAACCAAGAGGCUUCCCCAGGAAAAACAGGCCUGUCCAGCCUUGCCUAAAGAAGCAUGGAGAUGCAGAAAAUGAAAUGCAGAAGACCAACCACCAUUUGGCUCCUUGUCGUGAAACCAAUAAGCUUUUUAAAUUAAACAAGAAAAAGAAUCCUACUGACUUGCCGUCGCCUCCUGGGGAGUCCUUAUAUCAAGAUAACAUUUCUUUACCUUCUUCCCAAGAUGACCUUGUUAAGCCCACUGAUGCCUUUCCAGCAGAAGAAGAACCAUCAACUAUACUCAAGCAAAGUUUCCAACAGCAUUCUUUCACAGGAAACCCUUCUCUCUCAUGGAAAGAGUCUCAUCUUAAUAAGAGUGUGUUAGAAACUGCAACCAGUCUGGGUAACGAGACUCUUCCCUUUGGGACAUUCAGCCCACUUGAAGGAGCUGGGAUGGUCCGAGAGAAAUCAGAUAAACAGGAGGCAGUGGAGAUCAUGAAGCCUGAUUCAGCCCCUCCAUCGGAAAAGGUGGAGGCAAUUCCUCAAGACCCUGUUACCAGCAUUCAGUCAAAGGGGUUGCAGGAUGGGAUGGGCCUUGCAGAAAGACUGACCUUGAAUGUGAAAAGACUCUCUCUUAAAACUGACAGUAAUUUAACACAACAAAAUGACGUAUAUCCAGAUUCCAGAUUUUCUGAAAGAGCUUCCCUUGAAGAUGUAAAAACAGUUAACACAGUUGAAGGGCAUAACGCUGUAUCAUUGAUGCCAGAUACAACAUUGAAUGAGAAAGUAGGACUGCAAAUAUCUACUGCAACUAUAGGAAGUCAAGGCCCUUUUACAUCUGUAAGUGAAGACUUCCUUCAUGGCAAAAAUAGUGCACAUACAGCCUCUCAUGACAAAGUACAUGAGACAACAUCUCCAGCAAAGCGUUUUCAGGGUCAUGAGACAGAGAUGGUUGACACAGCUACUAGAGGCCCAGAUAAUUUGAAGGAACAUGCUUCUUUAUUUGCACAGAAUGGUGAGCAAGUGGCUCCAAACAGAUUGACUAACAACCCAAAUAUUCUAGAGAACUCUGACUAUACUAAUGACAUUCUGGAGAGUAAUGAUAGAUUCUCUACACAUCCAUUUCACACUAGUCAAAGACCAGACAGCUCAGCACUCCAAGAAGGUUUCCAAGAAACUAGCCAAAAUAAGGAUUUUGGGGGGAAAGAGAAUAAAGCUUUGCUCAUUGUUGAUGCCACCGCAAACAGAAUCUGGAACCCAAAUUCCCAUGGAUUGCUGGGUAGUUUGUUGCUUCCUAAAACAAGUUUAUCAGAAAAAGAGGAUGUUUUUCAUCAAGGGGAGUCACCUCCAUCACAGCUAGUUGACCUGGGAAAUGACACAAAUUCUAAAGAGUUUGUAAGAAAGGGGGAGAUAAAGCUACAACCAGAACCAGAAAUUCAGAGCCAUGAAAAGUCAUCAGAUGGGAUGAGGUUGCAGCCCUGUCAUCUGGGUCCUCAUGGAUGUGGUGGUCACUUGGAAAAGAGGUCUCUGAAGUCACACCAGGCCACGUUGGAAGAAAGACAUGCUGUACCAGCAAGGGAAAUGAAGAGUUCUGGAAAAGCUGAAGAAAGAGCUCAGGCUUUGCUCAAUGGUAACUUCUUCAAGUUAAACAAUAAGGCCAAGGCUUCUUUAAUAAAGGCACCUUUGGCAGAUGGGGCUACAAGAAACCAACAAGCAACCACACUUGGCAAGACAACUGCUUCAUCUUCUCUGUUCACCUCAGUCCAGUCCAGUCCAGUCCCGCACUCCCUGAACCUUCCUUAUUCCCAACAGACUUGGAGAGGAGCCAGUUUGUCUCACGAAGUAGAGGAUGUAGGGGGUGCAGCUGACACCAUUUCUGGUUAUCCUAGAACUCUUGGGCACAGUAGUAUGGAAGCCAAACCUGGAUUGGCCCCCACCAUCUUUGCAGCAGGACAACUCAAAGGUGCUGGCUCUGUUCUCCAUAAGACCACCAGUCAGACAAAUGAGGCUGGACUUCCUGCAACUCCAGAGGUUCCUGUUAUGACUCACAGUGAUCCAGAAAUAAAAAGGGAGAAGACUGAAAAUUCCGAAAGAUGGGCCUCAGCAGAAAACAAUCUGGACUCUCAAGGUCACCUAGCUGUCAAUCUUCCCUUUCAAGAGCAGCUGUGGGAGGAAGCAGAUAGACAAAAGGAAAUCCAUAGUGAAGGAGGGGACGUUCGUUCCAUAAGUGGCAAUAUUCAAAAAUUUGAAAGGAGGAAAAGAGUAGAAGAAAUUGGAGCCCCAGUGCAUGGAUUCAGCAAAGGUGAGAGUAGGACCUCAGGAGCCAAGGUCCAUAUGGAGGUCUCCAUGGCACCGACCGACCUCAAAGGAUCUAUGGUGACAAACUCCUCAAAGACUCUGAAUCGAGCAUCUGACUAUGAUGAUUACAGCAAUUCUGAGGACAAGCAAGAAUUUGAUAUAUAUGGGGAAGAUGACCAGGAUCCACGUACUUUCAUUGGCAGAGUCCGACAGUACUUCAUUGCUGCAGUGGAGGUGAUGUGGGAUUAUGGGAACCAUACAUCUUCACCAUAUCUAAGAGACAAGUAAGUUCUGCCCAGCUUUUGGGGACUGUGGGGCUAGAAAUUCAUAAGCCGCAAUGCUCUCUAGAGCAGCCAUUUCCCAUGUUGGGUCCCAGGAUUGUGCUGACCUUAGAAUAAGUUCCCAUCAUCCCUAGCCAGUAUGUUCCAGUGGUUGGAGAUGGUGGGAGAUGUAGUCCAAUGACAUCUGGAGUCCCAAGGCUGAGGAAGGCUGAUCUAGACCAGUGAGCUUAUUUGAGAUGCUCCUGAGAUUUUACCUCCAAACAUUUACCUCCAAAGAUCAGAGGUGAUGUGAGGAGGAAGAGGGAAAGGCUUUUGGCUGAUGCUGUAUUGAAACUUUCUGAAAUGGUGAUGUAGUUUCCUCAUAAUCAUCCUUGUGCUGCUUUAAAAGCAUUUAAUUAAAAAAAAGUUGAAUAUUACAUUUGUAUCCCACCCUUCCACCAAGCAGCACAGGGCAGCAUACAUAGCGCCUCCCCAACUUGUUAAUUUUCACAACCGCUUUGUAAGGUCGGUUAAGCUGAGAGAUGGUGAUGACCCAAGAUUGCAUCCUGAGCCUUACAGCGGAUUAAAGACCUGAACUGGGACCUACUGUAUGUAUAAAUAUUGUCUCAGUGUUUCUUAGAGUUGCACAGUGCAUGGGCACAUAUGUGAAAUGGUGACCUGUCUGUUGGAUUUUGGGACAGCAGAAAGUUGCAACCAUGAUAUGUGCCUUAAAAAAAACACAAGAGGAGCUGACUGGUAGUGACUAGAUAAAGGUCUCCUUAAGAAAUAUUAGGUGACAGGGUGGAUAAAUGUUGCAGAACACCCUUUCUCUGCCCUAGAUGGUGCUGGAUUGCAAGGCAGUUACAUAUAGAAAUGCUAGUCUGCAGCCGCUUCCAAAAAAAAGUCUGUACUUGACCACACCAGCCUCUUAUGUUUUCACAGGGAUCUGAAGAACAGCUGGAAGAAGCCAUCCAGGCAGUACAAGAAAGUAGUUUACCGAGAGUACCUGGACAGCUCUUUCACUCAGCCACAGGUCCGUGGAGAAUUGGAAGAACACUUGGGCAUCUUGGGACCAUACAUCCGAGCACAGGUUGAUGAUGUCAUCAUGGUGAGACACUCGAUGUGAAAUACGGGAAGAGCUGAAGGGUGUCAUCUCUCAUACUUAAAGUGGGAUUAUAAAAACAAAAAUAGUCUAUCCCCCCUCUACAUAAUCCAUUUGUUUAGGUCUGUAUUUUACCUUACAGAUCACGUCCAGCUCAUAUCAUUGUAAGAAAAGCCUGAUGUCAGCACUUGGAAUUCUUAGGCCUCAAGGACCCCAGCCACCUAGUAAGGGCCCAGUGCUUGCCACUUAAAUUCCCUACAAUGCCCUUGGCAGAACUUUGCUCUGGGGCUCUGUGAAGAAUUGAAAUGGCAACUAGACCCAGCCACUUGGCACUGAUCAGCAUCCCACUGACAUACUGUCCAACAUUUUCAUUUUAAAAACAGGGAUGCAUGUCUUCCAGGAUGUGCUCCACGUCGAGUCACAUGACACCAUGCCACAAUCUUGCCCUGGAAAAAGUGCUUCUUCCAGGGUGAGAGCGCAGUACCCAAAAUGGUCACCACAAUCUUACUCCAAAAACCAGGAUGUCCCGUUUUUUUUCUGAGGCGCUUGGCAGUUUUGCACUAAUAGAGACAAGGACACAGCCCAGGGCUCCUUCAGACCUUGAGCCAGUUUGAUUGUCCAUAACAGGUUAGUAGCCACACACUUUGUGUUAAGGAGUCAGGGUCAGGUCUACCCAUUAGGCAAAAUGAGGCAGCAGACAAAACUUUGGAUGGCAGAACUGUAUGUGCCACAUGAACUGCCCCGUGCCACUAGGCUAGCCUACUGUCAGGUGCCCAACAGGACACUUUUUCAUCUCCAGUGUCAGCUGCCAGUUCAGUUGGCUUUUGUAUAUGGAAUGGGAGAUGGGGGGAAACACAUCACCUUGUCUUUCAUCCAAAGCAGCAAAAUGUCUUGGGCUGGUCAUGUAUAGGAAGAAGGUCUAUGGAUGCGGUGGGGGGCAGGGCAUCAUUACAGUUACCCGUGUAAGAUUACUUCUUUUUUUAAAAAAAGGUAUUUAAUUACAAUUCUUCUUGGUGAGUGAUUGGGCAGAUUUCUGCCUUUGUGCAUUAAUAUAUCCAUAUGUAAAAGGGCAAGGUACUUUAAAAAAAAGCUGACCAUUUAGGGAGGGGGCCAGUAAUAUGCCCAACAGGCCUAGGCCCCCAGGGUUACCUUGGUAGUUUUGGCUCAGAUCAGCCUUCCUCAACCUGGUGGCCUCCAGGCAUUUUGGGCUACAACUCCCACCAACCCAAGCCAGCACUGGGUGUAUUGUCUUCCAGCUUAAAAGGUGACCCCCAAUAGAGUAAAGAACAGCUUGCGUUGUCUUUGUUCUUUAUCCCCCUUCUCCUCUUUGCGCCUGUUCUUCCCUCCCUUCACCCAGGUGACUUUCAAGAAUCUGGCUUCCCGCCCGUAUUCAUUCCAUUCUAACCUGCUGCCCUAUGAAGGAAAUGGGGAGGAAGUAGAGCAGCCCAUCCAGGACUCUGUGCAGCCUGGCGAGGUCCGAGAUUAUUCCAUCAAGGUGUUGUCACACAUGGCUCCUACAGCCAAUGAGUUUGACUGCAAGGCGUGGGCAUAUUUCUCCAGUAUUAGCCUGGUAAGUGGGUAAUGCGUGCUCUCCUGCUGUUUGUAUCAGGGCAUUUCAUGGGCCAUGACAAAAGGACUGGCCAGACCUAACAGCGGGCACCUUGCAAAGAUUAAAAAGCAAAGUCUCUUCUUGCAAGCUGAUGAAACUUAGUGCAUAUAUUUUAGUUCAUGUGUGCGCACACACACACACACUCUGAUGUGGAAAUGUAGAGAACUAAACUCAAGGCUGGGAAAACCAAAACCAGCAGAUUUCCCCAUUCCUGGUCAGGUCACAGAAUGUUGCUUUUCAAGAUUUCAGGCAGAAGCCCUUCCCAGGCUUACCUGGCUUGAACCUGGAAUGCCAUGUGUGCAAAGCAUGUGCUCUCCCACUGAGCGACACCUUGGGAUUCCCUUUCCAUAACUGCAACUCCUCAUCUGUUUAGUUAAGACAUCUGAGGAAGUUUGCCACAGAUGGCUCUAGGACAUAAUUGUCCUUGUUACUUCCAUCAGCAUCCCCUUUGCUUUCCAUGCUCCCAUUCUAAGUGGCAUGGGCGCAAAGAGAGGACUUUGAAAAUUACAUCUGAUGUGAAAGUGGCCUUGUCCUGCUUAAUAUAUAGUAAGGAUUGCAGCCCAUCUGGGGAAACCAUUAAAUGGAAGGUGCUAUUGUGGCAGAGAAAGGGAAGGGAGCAAAGAAAGGGAAGGAAGAGAAGGGAUGAGAGCUUCAUACACAUCAGCUUUGCAUAGUUAUAACUGGAUCUGACUUUAGUUUUUUCAGUUUUUAUACCAGACUUGUAAGUAGGCCCACAGAAAAGUAGCUAGCUUGCAAUUCUUUCUUUUUUUUACAUCCCCUGUAUACUGGUCACAAAGGAGGGGAAGCUUUAUUCUCCAGGAAUCUGUCUAAUCCUCAUUAAAAGGUGAGGCUUCUUAGCCUCAUAAUCCAGGUUGACAUGGCAUGAACAUGACUCUAAGCUGGGGGUAGCCAACAUGAUGCCAUCCAGCUAUUGCUGGACUCCAGCACCCUAUCAGCCUCAGCCAGCAUAGCCAAUGGUCAGGGAUGAUGGGAAUUGUAGUCCAGCAAUGUCUUGGAGAGCACCAUAUUGGUGAUUUCCAUAUUUGCAGUGCUGCUGGGGUACAGUAACUGAUAUACCUCACUUCCACCUGCCCUCAAUUUUUAAUUCUAGGAGAAAGACCUACACUCUGGUCUUGUUGGACCUCUGAUUAUCUGCCGGCUUGGAGUACUGAGCACAGCAUACAGAAGGCAGCUGGCUGUCCAGGAAUUCUCCUUGCUCUUCACCAUCUUUGAUGAGACCAAGAGCUGGUAUUUUGCUGAGAACCUUGAGAGGAACUGUCUGCAUCCCUGCCACAUCCAGACGGAUGAUCCUGCCUUUAAAGCAAGCAAUUCUUUCUAUGGUAAUAACCUUCUUUCCACCUCUUCAUCUCUUUCCAUGCUCCCAGUAUAAUUGCCACUGGGACAAGGAGAGAUGUUAUGGAAAUCCCUUCCUUCUCCCAAGUAUAAAUCUACUCAAAUCGUUGAUGGAAGCUCUGCUCUGUGUCCCUCUGCUGUGUGAUCUGCAGAAGGUGGCUGUAUAAGAUGGAGCCUUUUCAGAGGGGAACACCUAAUGGCUCUUCCUGACUGUCGCUAUUUUCAAUCACAUGCCAGUAAAUUCAGAUUCAUAGAAUUGUGUUGGCAUCUGUCUGUCUAGGAAGAGAAUGGAAGAGUGCGCCUUUGGUGGACUGAUAUGGACCGAUAUGGGACAGACAUGUUUUCUUGCAGCUGGGGCAGACAAAUAAUAGAACUGUAGAGUUGGAGGGACCCCCAGGGUCAUCUAGCCCAACCCACUGCAACCAUACUAGACACUACUUAGCUUUGCAAAUGUCCUAGCAGCUUUAUUGUUGCACCACUAGGAAGUUGUGCAAUUAAAACUGAUACAGAGCUCUUAGGGCCUGUCCAUACCCCCGCUUAAUGUGAAUUGUGAUUCCCUUGUGCAUCCCUUAAUUCUACCUAUCUGUGUGCUGUUUUCCUUCGUCUGCUGCUGCCCUGCACUUUCUCCUCCCAGAAUCCAGAGAUUCCCUAUGCAAUCAAUGUAACUCUCCUAUUUGGAUUUUCAGAACAUAGGGAAUUAGGCUUUUUAGUGUGGGAUAUAUGGUAUUUGCUGUUUUUGUAUAUACUGCUUUGUUUUGUUUUAUAUGAAAACAAUUGGCUAUAUAAGAAUUGUUACAUAUGAAAACAAAUGUAUAUAUAUCAGAACAAUGGAAAACAACAGCAUAUAUAAGGGUUUUGCUCUUCCUUUUCCCCAUUCUGAUUUUCCUUCUUCUUUACUUCUCUCUGUUCUCCAGCUAUCAAUGGUUAUGUCAGAGACAGUCUACCAGGACUAGUGAUGGGUCAGCACCAGAGGGUGCGGUGGUAUCUGUUGAAUGUGGGUGGUGCCAAAGACAUCCACUCUGUCCACUUCCAUGGGCAAGUCUUUACUAUCCGAACGGCCCAGGAGUACCGCUUAGGAGUCUACAACCUCUAUCCUGGUAAGCCAUGAAAUGGAUGUCUUUAUACAUAACCUUCUUGCCAGCUUAUAUCUGCCUUUGGAAUACUAUGGAAUAUCCUCAGGGGAAAGAGCUCAGCAGCCAGUGCCUCUUUUAUAGCAUAGAGGACACAUAGAGCAGUAGAGAGCCAGUGUGGUGCAGCAGUUAGAAUGUUGGAUUGGAUCUGGGAAACCAGAGUUCAAAUCCCAACUGGACCAUGUAGCUCACUGGAUGAACCUGGCCCAGUCACUGCCUCUCAGCCUGACCUACCCCACAGGUUUGUUGUGAGGAUAGAACUGAGGAGGGGUAGAACAAGGUAUGCCAUCUUGAGCUCCUUGUAGGAAAGGUGGGAUAUAAAUGUAAUAAUGAUAACAAUAAACCAAGUAGAAGCCAUGUGCAGAAUCAUGCUAAAUCAUGCUUAGCUUACAUCAUGCUUAACUUAAACCAGGGCUUAGCAGAACUCAGUUCUUCAAAUUCAUCAUUGUAGAAUUUUAGGGCCAUAUCCAACUUUGCUCUACCCUAAGUUGGCCCGUUGAAAUUAAUGGACCUGGGUUAGUCAUUUCCAUUGACUUCAGUGGUUAUUGCUCUGAGCAACAACUCUAAUAUAGCCCUUAAGAGUUAGAAGGGACAUUGGAGACUAUUUUCUUUCAAAACACACUUAAAGAUAGCCAAGAACUGUGUUGUAACAUUUGGAAAUGUAGGUCAUAUUCCUCAGUUCCUUCACUCCAAGUAACGACUGGGAGAAUUUAGACUCACCCAUUUUUGACAAGUCUCUACUAUAAUGUUAUGUGGGGUGUUUUUUUGGUUGGGGGGACAUCCAGUCUGCAUGAAACCCUGGUUCCCCUUCCAAACUUAGGAUCCUGUAUCUGAGGGUAGAAUGUAUAAGGGGAAAUUUUCCAAGUCAGUUCUUUUGUCAAGGUAAUGGCUUUGGCUGGCUAGUUAAGCACUAUCAUCUGGCAUAACCAAAAGUGUUGCUCUGUGCCAUAGAAUAAACGGAUGGGCCUUUCCCUCACCCUUCUCUUAGCUGCUACAUAGGAAUACAAUAGCCAGAGUUGCGUGUGGGAGAGAGCUGGAAGCAAGCUAGAAAACAUGCUUGCUGCGUGCUAGACUUUGGGGCUGUCAUGGAAUUUUAAUUGGGAUGCAAUAGCUGUUGCAGUAUGAAUGCUUUAGAGCCCCUCCGUCCUAUGCUCAGAUUGCAUAUAUAUAUGUACACACACACACACACACACACACACACACACGUAAAUAAAACCAUAUGUGCUAAAGGCACCACAAUCUCUGCUGAUCUUCAUUCCAAGGAAACUGAACCCUGGGUAAGUACCCUGGAGUCUCUCUCACUACUUGGAGAUUGGGGUGGCAGGUAACAACAGGUAUAAUACCAUCCACUUUACACAUUUGAAUCUGUUGCUGGUUUUUUAACUAGGAGAAUAAACAUAGAUAGACAUAGGCAAUGCUGAAGCCCCAACAGCACCUAUGUAAACUAGGUGGCUGCUCUCUCCAGCUUUCACACAUACUUUGAACGUUCUUUAUCAUAUCCCAGAGAGCGUCCCCCAAAGGCUAACUUGCCCACAACAUGUACUGUAACUGAAGCUGACAGAAUGGACUGUAGCUACAUGGAAGGCUGUGUAGCUCAGUGGUAGAGCAUCUUUUAAAAAAUAAUAAUAAUCAGAAGGUCCCAUGUUGAAUCCCCAGCCUCGCCAGGUACAGCUGGGAAUUCCCUGCGUCUGAAAUUAUGGAGAGUUGCUGCUAGUCAGUGCAGAUAAUACUGACUUUGUAUAAAACAGCUUUCUGUGAUCUUAACUCCAGUUCUACCGGAGUUCUACCACACACGCCCCCCCCUUUAGGAAACAGCAAUUGUGAGUAGUCUGGGGAAAGGAGUGCUACAUCCCUGCUAAAUCCUCUCUUCUGCAGAUUCCUUGUUAACUGUAGAGCUCAAAAUGCUGCAGAUGCUCUUUUUGAACACUGGAGUGUGCAGCAAGGCUGCUUGGCAAAGUGGCAGGAGGAGAAAGGGUGGAGCACUCCCUCUUUCUCUCCCUCCCCCCUUUCUCUACUCAAUAUCUGUUAUAAGAAAAAACUGCUCCUUUUCCCUUAUGGGGUAUCCAAGAGUUGGGGUAUCCAAGGGUUCCCUAUCGGUAGGAGAAAAUAACAGAGGCCAACCAGAGUAUAUUGAGAAGCAAAGUGGCUAGUAAGCCUGAUCUCUAUUGCAAUAGAAAAGUACUGUUGCAACAGGGUCCGCACUCCCCACACACAGGAGGGAGGAGAGAGAACCCUGAACAAUGAUGCACAAACCCUUAUAUAGACUUUUGAAACUGCCCAAUCUGUAGCCCAAGACCACCCCCCUGAAGCAUCAUACAUACAUCACAGAAGGAUGUAUACAGCAGAGGAGGUGAUCUACAACAGAAAUCCUGUUUGCCAAGAUACUUGAUAAUGGUCACUGAUUGCAUUACCUGGACAGCCUGGCCAUUUUUUGUGUGAUGGUUAAUACUUUAGUUCCUGAAUCCAGGUCACAGGCUCACCCUAUUCAUACACAAAUCUUCUUCUUUGGCAAUCACUCGUAGCCGAGUAAGAUUGUCUUCCAUAAACACGGUUUUAUCAAUGAGUCCGUAAGUAACUGUGGAGGCCAAUUCUGGAUCCACAUGUCCUUCCACAGUGGGAACAUUGGUUUCCGGGUGGGAGUUGAUCACGGUGUGGAUUUGCCAAGCGUGCCUUCCUCUUAGCAUGUUUCUCCCUUGCGUCCUGAGUUUGAGUGUUUUCAAAGCCUUUGGUAAAGGCUGUUCCCCAACUGGAGUGCUCACAGGCAAGUGUUUUCCAAUUGUUGGUGCUUAUACUACUUUUUUUAGAUUUGCCUUGAGACAGUCUUUAAACCUCUUUUGUUGACCACCAGCAUUAUGCUUUCCAUUUUUAAGUUCGGAAAAUAGCUAUUCUAUUCCGAACUUAUACACAAAUACACCUUUAAAAACAGGAUUUGUAAGCAAAAAAACAAUGGGAAGGCUUUCCCCAUUUUCCUCCCUUACUGCAGAGGAAUAUUUGAGGUCACUGGGAGAGUCAAAAUGGCUUCAGGAUUGCUCUCCUAUACUAUUUCAGACACAUGGUUUAUAAACUUAUGUAUGUGUUUGCCUUGCACAUCUAUGAACAUUUAUUUUAUAUUUGAGACCUUAGGAUUGUUAUAGCACCUCUUAAAGCUCUUUCUCUUAGACAAAGAACUUGCAUGUGCAUGUAACAUCACUUCAUUCUGAAGGACCGCCCUCUUCCCAAAGAGAGUCUCCAAUGGUCAACCUUAACUCACAUGCAAAACUCUUCUUUCCUUCCUCUAGUGUUCAGCACACAGUAGUGAAUAACCAACUGACCUUCUUUCCCCCUUCUGGUUGCAGGUGCCUUUGAGACAGUGGAAAUGAGCCCAUCCCACCCUGGGAUUUGGCAGGUGGAAUGUAUGGUUGCUGAGCAUGAGCAGGCUGGGAUGAGUGCCUUCUUCCUAGUGUACGACCAGCGUGAGUAGCAAAGCAUGACAUUCUUCUUCCUGGCACUUUGAUUCACUGAUAGGAACAGGCUCAGAUCUCAGUUUCUCUUUGUUAUGUUUCUGAAAAAGACAUAAAAGGAGUGACAAUACAUUUCUAAGAUCCAGAUUUUUACCACUUAGCUCUAGCUGUUGAUCAACCCUCACACAUCUGCAAGUUGGACUGAAAGCUGCUUUCAAUAUAAAGCUCACAUUUGUUCCUUGUGGCAAUCAGGCAAAGAGCAGGUCAGGAUACACUUAAAAGAACAUUUGUAAUGGGUGAAGAAAUGAAAGGGAGAAUGCUCUUCUCUUGCAUUUUACAGCAGGUAAUGGGGAAUUGGCUGUUGCUUAUUGAUGGAGCAUCUGCUUUGCAUGCAGAAUGUCCCAUUUUCAAUCCCUGGUGUCUCUAGGUAGGGCUGGGACAGAACCCCUGGCUGAAACCCUGGAGAGUUGUUGCUAGUCAGUGCAGACAAUUUUGAAUUGGAUAGACCAAUGUCUAAGGUUCAGUGUAUAAGGUAGAGUCCUUAUUGCUUCUAUGGAUGCCAUGACACCCCAAAAACGUAGGCAGGAUUGAGAUCUUUGCAACAUUAGUCCUGCCUUACAAGAGCGAGCCAUCAGGCAUUCCAAAUAUUAAGCUGGAAUUUGAAAUAUAUUUCAUGGUCUGUUGCAUUCCCAGGACAGCUCAAAGCCCAGAAUUUAGAAAACAUUAUUUAUAAGUCUUUAUUAAAAUACCUUUAUAUUUUCUCAAACUUUUCAUUUCAGGGUGCCAAAUUCCUCUGGGCCUAGCUUCUGGCUACAUUGCAGACUCACAGAUCACAGCUUCAGAACACUAUGGUAAGCACUUGAAUCUUGGUUUAUUAAUUGAUGGAACACUUGUUUCUGCUACAGAUUCUUGCCAUCCCAAAUGCCCAUGAGGCAUUUACCAGAACAUUACAGCUCCACAGAGCUCUGUGAGUGUCUCAUAUCUUGAAAUCAGAACCUCCACACCAUGACUCCUGGCUCCAGGUGCUUCCAGGCUCAUCCAGGGAGCUCAUCCAGACAACCUGUUUAUUGUGCAUUCAUUGUGAUUUGCUUGCACAAAUACUAUAUGAUGGCUACUCUUUCACAUGCAAAAUGCCCCAGUUUCAAUUUCCAGACUCUCCAAAUAGGGCUGGGAGAGGCUCCUGCCUGAAACUCUGGGAAGCCAGUCAGGUCUGGUGCAUACCUUAGCUUAGUGUAGAUUGUGAAUCCCUUUUAAUUCCCCCUCCUCCAUGAGGGAUUCUCCUCCAGCUACUGCUGUAUCACACUUUCUCCUGCCUAAAUCCAGAGUUUCCCUAUGCUCUGUAAAUCCAGAUAGGAGUGCUACAUCCAUUGCACAGGGAAUACCCAGAUUUAGGGAGGAGAAAGUGUUGGGUAACAGUAGCUGGAGAAUGUCAUGUGAAGGAGGGGGAAUUAAAGGACUCACAACCCACAUGAAGCUGAGGAAUGGAGAGGCCAGUCAGUGUAAACAAUGGUGAAUAGAUGAAUUAAUGGCCUGACUUGGCAUAAGGUAGCUUCCCAUGUCCCCUGGCCCUCCACUGAGGGUGCUUCCAGACUCUCACUGUUUUCAGGUGGGAGUCAGUCACAUACUACCUGCAAAUUAAGGUUGUGCAACUAUAAUUAUUAUGGGGUCUUGUGUGAGAAACCCGCUUCCACAAUGGAGAUCAGACUUUUUGUGAUGAGGAAAGUGAUAGUAAAACACCCUGGCAAGUAUGGAGGAAAUGCUUGUUCUGAUGCAGUCUCAUCUCACCUCCCUGAAAAUAAAUCAGAAUUAAUGCUUAUUAAAUGGCCAGCAUCUCCCUGCAAAAUAAUAAUAAUAAUAAUAAUAAUAAUAAUAAUAAUAAUACCCCACCCAUCUGGCUGGGCUUCCCCAGCCACUCUGGGAGGCUUCCAAAAAAAUAUUAAAAUACUGUAAUACAUCAAACAUUAAAAGCUUCCCUAAACAGGGCUGCCUUCAUAUGUCUUCUAAAAGUCUGGUAGUUGUUGUUCUCUUUGACAUCUGGUGGGAGGGUGUUCCACAGGGAGGGCGCCACUACCGAGAAGGCCCUCUGCCUGGUUCCCUGUAACUUGGCUUCUUGCAGUGAGGGAACCGCCAGAAGGCCCUUGGUGCUGGACCUCAGUGUCCAGGUAGAAUGAUGGGGGGUGGAGACGCUCCUUCAGGUAUACUGGACCAAGGCCAGGUGAUCGAUAAACAGGUUGACUGGUAGCACCAUGAGUCCUUGAUAUUUUUUAAGCGAUUGGGGGGUCCAGAGUAGCACAGGCAGCAGAGUACUCCUCCAUUGCUGGUCAUUCACUGACAUUUCUGCUGUUCCGACCUGUCUCCAGUAGCACAAGCAGUGGUUCCUCCAAAGAUGGAUGUGGGACCCAGAGGUGUGGAAGAUGUGCGUGGUGGUAGCAGCUCUAGCUACCUCGCCCACUGCUUCCCUACAGAGCUGGGUGACUUCAAACAAAUGUUUAUUUUUUCAAAAGGAGACCAGUGUCAGCCACAGAGAGCCCCUCCUCCUGCUGGCUUUGGCAACUGACCUGCCCAUGCUAGCUUCUGGCACAAGGCCUAGAUGGGCUCAGUCCUCAGAGACAAAACAGAGACAUGCAGACUCCUGUUUACUUAUGCAUCUAUGUGCACUCUUGAAGUGCCAUAUUUUCCAUGUGGAAGUUGCUGUUAUUUGUGUCUUAUGUGUGACUUUAGCUUUCUACUCAUUCUUAUUGGGUCCAUGGAAAUGUUACUUUCAUCUGAGUAUUCAGCAAAUGAGUAGUGUUUCUUUAAAAAAAAAAAAAAGUUUGGGAAAGACACCCAGAGACCAGAGGGAUGGAGGAUGACAUAUCCAGUGGACAAGAUGAAGCUUUUCAGGCACCAUUUGCACUAUACAUUUAAAGCAAUAUUACCCCACUUUAAGCAGUAAAGGCUUCCCCCAAAGAAUCCUGGGAACUUUCUGUGAGGGUAAUAGGGGUCUCCUAACAACUCUCAACACCCUUAACAAGCUGCACUUCCCAAGAUUCUUUGGGGGAAGCCAUGGCUGUUCAAAGUGGUAUGAGAACUGCUUUACUUGUAUAGUUCAGAUGGGCCUCAGUCAUUGGUAGGCAACCUCUGGCCUCCAGGCCUAAUUUGGUUCACAAAACCAUUUCAGCCAAACCAUGCUGAACAAAAAGCUCAACAACUUUGCUGAAGCCUCUUCCGAAGAAGCUGAACAAAUAUUUUGGUGUUUCUCCCCCAAAAAGCUCAGCAACUUUGGUCAAUCCAAUGGGUGGAUCAAUGCCAGUGUUUUUAUAGUGGGUUUAGAUCACAGUGUCUUGGAAGUUGGACAUCCCUGAAGUAUUGCUUCUAGGGCAACUGGAAAAAGCCUGUUAUUGUGAGAGAUACUGUUGCUCCCUUCCCAACAAUGCCCGUUUUCUAAUCUAGUCCUAUUCCUCCUUCCUCCACUUUUUCUGUCCAAGGUCAAUGGGUCCCCAACCUGGCCAGGCUUGACAAAUCUGGUUCAAUCAAUGCCUGGAGUACUGCAGAAAAGAAUGCUUGGAUCCAGGUAGGCUCAGGAAGGGUGUGUGUGGAUCUUGCAGGUGAAUAGCACUAACACCAGUCUCAGAGGGGUGCAGAAUCCUCAAACUAGCCUCUGCCUCAGGCAACGGUGACAGUAAAGGUUUUUAAUUCCAGAGAGGAGCCGUAUUCAGGCUCCUUUCUCAAGCCUUCUACAGAAGUGUUAACACUUGAUUAAGACUACUGCUUAACCCUACUCAGGAGCUAUAGUCUCACAAAUUAGCAGAACAUAUGAGUGGGGGCAAGUGCCAUAACUCCACCACCACCCUAACCAGCCUCCACAAGUUGGAGGGUGAACAUUUGCAAUGAAGAGCCAGCCAUGCUUGCGGAUGCUCCUAGGUGAGAUGGAACUCUGGUUUCCCAGGGUUCUGCAUCACACAGGGAGCCUGCAUGCGUACAGGAGACUCCUUCAUGGUGAUGGUUGCUUACUAACUGGAAGGGGGAUAGUGGUGGUGGUGGCAGCAGCAGCGGGGGGGAGAGUGGACUUAGUGAGCUUAUUUAUCUUCAUGCAUUCUACUCACUCACAGACAGCUCUUCAACAGAGUAAGGUUUUUAUACUUAAAUUUCUGGAGAAUGCGUGAGCAAAGAGACUGGGGCUGCCCUCCGAGCCUUUCCUCUGGCAUUAGCACAUUCAGAGCAAAUGCCUGGAUGUAGCCUUUGCAUGCCAAAGCUUCCAAGAAAACUGAUACCCCAGUUGCUCAGGGUUCCAGAUUGCACAGAGCCUAUAUAGAUGUGAAGCCUCCCUCUCUCCCUUCAGACCUUUUGCUUUGUAUGCUCAGCGUGACUUGCCCCCUGCAUCUGAAACUAUAAGUCUAAAUGCCUGGAGAGGGCAAGUGUAAAGAAGCAGCUCUUCUGCCCUUACCACAAUUGCCUCAGGAGGGAGGCCUACUGUGCCUCCUUCCAUGUUUUUAACCCCUUAUCGUGGCUGGCAGUGGAGGCAGGUACAUUACAGCAAAAAGGGCACUGCCUCUGCCUCAGUCUCAGGGCUGCCUGUGUAGAACUCAGUAGGGAGGAGGAGGAGAAGGACAGAACUAGUAUUAGUUGGUUCUGCCUGUCAUUGGCUUUCUGGGUCCAGCUACUGUGGGGCAACCUGCCUCCUGCCCUUCCAGUCCCAAUGCGCUGGCUAGGAAAGAACAACCAUGGGCUAUGAGCAGUCAUGAGGUAGUGACCAGUGAGCCCUUCAUGUCUCCACAGGAACAAGAGCUGCCUGUGGAUAGGCAGGGUGAAGCAGUUUGCUUUUAGGGUGUGUGUGUGUGUGUGUGUGUGUGUGUGUAGAUAGAUAGAUAGAUUUUUUUUAAUCCCAGAAAUUUCCUGCCCUGUGCCCCUUAAAAGGAGAGGCAGGAGACACACACACACAAAUAUCCAUAUCCAUAUACAUACAUAUACAUUCAUGGCAGCCUUCUCUUCCUGAACAUGGAUCUUUCUUAGCCCUAUCCGAAGAUACCAAGGACAGUGGUGGCUGGUGCUCUCUGGGGCUGGUGGGGAAGAAAGCAGGAAGACCAACAUUAGGCAGUGCUUGAGCCAAUGACAGUAGAGCCAGAUAAUUCUAAUGUUUGCCCUCUUGAGUUUUACAAGGGGCAACACUGAGACUGAGAAGGAAGCAGAUGGGCAGGGCCACCCGCUGGGUAGUCAUAACUAAGAAGGUAGGUGUAGGAGGAGCUGAAAUUGAAAUACUUUAUUGUCACUUGUACAACUUGUAUACAGUGAGAUUACACGAGCACCCCCCACUCAGCUCUCUUAGUCUUCAUUCCCCAAACACACCCACCAAACCCAAAAGUCAGUUGCCCUGUUGUUAUCUUUUCAUUCAGCAGCCUAACAGCCCACAGAUAGAAGCUGUUCUUUACCCUGUUGGUGCGACUAAUCAUGCUUCUAUAUCUUCUGCCUGAGGGCAGGAGAUCAAGAAAGUGCCGGCCAGGGUGUGAAUCAUCCCUGGAAAUUUUCCUCAUUCUCCUGAGGCAAUGUUCUUCUGCUAUUUCAUCCGGCGGAUUCAUGGGACAGCCCAUAAUAUAUUGUGCUGUAUUCACCACCUUCUGUAGACACUUCCUAUCAGAUGAUGUCAAACCAGCGUACCACACCAUGAUGCAGUAUGAAAGGACGCUUUCUAUUGUUGACCGAUAGAAAGAGAUCAUCAAACGUUGAUUGACAUCGUUCUUCCAUAAUACUCUGAGGAAAUGGAGUCUGUUGGGCUUUCUUAACCACCUGGGUUGUAUUUAUUUUCCAAGUAAGGUCUUCACUGAGAUAAACUCCUAGGAAUUUAAAGGAAGAGACUCUCUCCACACAGCCCUCGUUGAUGUACAGCAGGACUAGUUCUCCUCUCUUCGUCCGAAAGUCCAGCACCAUCUCCUUUGUCUUGCUGAUAUUAAGGUGCAAGUUGUUCCCUAGGCACCAUGUAGAUAUUUUUUGCACCUCCUCUCUACACGCUGAUUUGUCUCCACCUGUUAUUAAACCCAUUAUGGUGGUGUCAUCUGCAAACUGAAUAAUUGCAGUAGACGGGUCAGAUGAUACACAAUUGUAUGUGUACAAUGAAUACAGAUAGGGACUUAGCACACAUCCCUGUGGUGUGGCAUUGCUGAUUUUUAAGGAAUUAGAUGUUACAUGUCCAAUCCUCAGUUUGUGUCUGAUCUAUCAGAAAGUCUUUAUUUAACUGAGACUGAAGUUGGUGGUGUAGUGCCUUAUUUGCCCUAAUAGACAAGCCUCCAUUGGUAAAGGAUUGAACCUGGAACUUUCUGAAUGCAAACUUUUGCUCUCUCAAGCUCAGUAUCAUUUGCCCUGAUAAGCAGCCUCUCUCCCUCUCCCUCUGCUAUCUCUGGGCCUCAUAGCUUCCAAAAAUCAAUUGUCUCACUUGGUGUGAAUUCCUGCUUUCUUUUGUCCAGGUAGACCUGCUACGACAACAGAUCAUCCAUGGGAUAAAGACACAAGGAGCCCGGCAGAAGUUCUCCAGCCUCUACAUCUCCCAGUUUGAAAUAUUCUACAGUAGUGAUGGAGAGAAAUGGAAGUGUUAUAAAGGCAAUGCCACCAGCUCCAAGAUGGUGAGUGCCUUUUCUCCCUCAUCUUCCUCUAACCAGAAGGCAGAGAGCAAAGGAAGUGGAAAGGAAGAAGGCACAAAGGAAAGCAAAAUUUCACCUUGAACACCCCCCCCCCGAUAUGCAGACUUUGCCAUUGCACAUACAAUAGCAAACAUGUAUUUUUGCACUUUGGAUUUGAAGUGCAGCAGCAGAGAUUCAGUGUGUAGCUCACAGGUUUGUUGAGUUUUUGGUGUAAGAUACCUAAGGGGUGGUGUUUGUGUUGCUUAGCAACCAGUCAGAGUGGCAUGAACUUUACUGAGGUAUCAUGUGCCCUGAUUUGCUUUAUAGUCCUGAGGGAUUUCUCUCUGCUGUAUGUUUAGGUGAAUGUCCCUCUGUGUUGUACAAGGCCUGAAAUAAGAAAGACAAAACAACUCUGUUUCACCUUUCUCCUCAAAUUACAUGCAGUUUUACUCCAUUUGCUUAGUAAAGUGUUAUCAGGAUUUUUCUCUCUGAACUCCAACAGCCUUAUUUGAGUGCCUUUGCUAACAUUUAAGUCUUUGGAACAAUAGAAGCAGAACUUAUGCUGUAAUCCUUACUUCAAUUACUUGGAAGUAAACUUCAUUGAAUUCAGCAUGUCUUACUUCUGAAUAGACAUAUGCAGGAUUGCACUGUCAGAAACCAUGAAGAGAAACAAUCAGUAAAAAAAAAUACAAGCCCUUUGACCCUUGGAAUCUCCACCCAAUGCAAAACAUAGAAUGGUGUGAAUGUACAUGACCUUCCCAAAUUAUUACUAUAGUUAAGUACAGGUUCUUAUUGAUAAGAGAGGGGACCUGGUAGCCCUUCGGGUGUUAGAUUCCAACUCCCAGCCAGCAUGGCCAAUGGUCAGGGAUGAAGGGAAUUGUAGCCCAGCAACAUCUGAAGGGCUGCACAUUCACUAACCCUGCUCUAGUCUAGUUAAUUGCUUAAUAUUUUAUAAUUAACAGAAGAAUGGGUGAGCUGACUUGCAAAGCUUUGAGUUGAGGGUAAUGAGCUGUAGUGUUGGUUCAAGGAAAAAAUAGGUAUAACAGAAAGGAGAGUUCCUGGAUUCCAAAACCCAAGUUUGGGCUAAGUGCUCUUUGGUGAGAGAAUCCCAGCAGAGAUUUAAAGUCAUAAAAUGUGCAGCAAAGUAAAGUGCAGAAAUUAAAGGCUGCUAGACUUUUAAAAUAUGCCCUUCAAAAGUGAGUUCCAAAAUUGUCCCCUUAAAAAAGUUUCUUUCCAAAGUUUCCCUCUUCCUCAUCGUAGAAAAAGGCCAUAUGUUAAAUGAAGCUGCUUAUCCCACACUAUGUGUGGUGCAAUCUGAUGUUUACUCAGCAGUCAGUCUCAUUGAGGUCAAGUAGACUUACUCCCUAGUAAAAGGAUUUAGAUUUAGGAUUGUCGCCUCAUACAUUCAAGAAAUCACAUGAAGUUGCAGAACUUACUUGUGAGGACUGAUCAUAUGCCAGAAAGCUAUUGAAUAUUAACUUCUUUAUUUUGUUGAUGCAUACUCUCCUUUGGGCAGUUUAAAAAUGUACAAUUUUAGACUGCAAUUUCAUAGUCGCUUUUCAGGGAGUAAGCCCUCUUAAGCUGAGCAGAACUUACUUCUGAGAAGACAUGUAGAGGGUACUGCAGUUGUUGUCAUGCACCCAGGUAUUUUUAACCAUGCUCAGAGCUUCAUAGACUCCACAGGUCACACUUCGUACCAGACAAGUGCAAACAUCAGUGGUAUUAUUAUGAAGGAUUCAGCAUCCUUAGAAUCUCAGCUCUAACUUAAACGCAAAGCAAAACACCUCACCAAGUUUGUAGUCCUUAGGACUGUAGUGAUAGGCUGUGUUUAAAUGUGCAGGGAAUUCCUAGUGAACUCUCUCAGAAACCUGUGACCGGGAGCAGGGCAUCAAUGCUUUUUGCCCCUCUCUACAACUAGCAAAAUUGGAAUAAGUUGGGCCAGACGGGAAAUAUUCAAGUGUACUGAACAGGCAUACUUUUAGCAGGAAAUCAGCUUUUCUUAGCAAAUAAUUUGGAUUAUCUUGGCAUAGAAUUUUAUUUUUUUUAGCACACACCACCUAUGUAAGAUGCCUCAAAACUAGGUAUAGAGAGUAAAAAGGUGAAAUAUAGAAAGCUGCCUUACACUGGGUCAGAGCAUUAGUCCAUUUAGCUCAAUAUUGUCUACACUGACUGGCAGCCACUCUCUUGGGGUCUUUCUCAAACAUAUUUAGCAAUGCCAGAUAUUAAGUUGAGGACCUUUUGUAAGAAAAGCUUGUGCUCUGCUGCUGAACUAUAGCCCUUCCCAUGCUAUUCCAGUUAAAUUAAUAUUUUUAAAGGGUGUGUGCCAUUGACCUCAUGACUUCCUAAAACUUCUCUUUGUUUUUAUAUGGGAAGCUUGCCUUCAGUGCCAGAGUGUGGAUUUCAUGCAGGCUUUGCAUAGUCCCUGAUCACAACUUCCAUUCCCACCUCUGUGUUUUUCUCUCCUUGCCUGCAGAUAUUCUUUGGGAACGUGGAUGCAGCAGGCGUGAGAGACAACAGCUUUAACCCUCCCAUUGUAGCCCGCUAUAUCCGUCUCCACCCGACACACUUCAGCAUCCGCAACACAUUGCGCAUGGAGCUCAUCGGAUGCGACCUGAACAGUAUGGCAGUGAGGCCCUCUCAUCCUUCACAUUCAUAGAAUCCAUAGGAUUGCAGAAGUGGAAGGGACCUUGGAGGUCCUCUAUUUCACACACCCCCUUGCCUAGUGAAGACUCUGCCAUAUAAGAUGCAACUCUAGCGUUCCUGAGAGAUGGCUGUCCAACCUCUGCUUAAAUAUCUCCAGUGAAGGAGAGCUCACCACCUCCUGAGGUGGUCUGUUCCACUGUUGUACAGCUCUUUCCCUUUCUCUUGAUGUUUACCUGAAAUCUGUUUCUCUUCCAUUUCCACCCAUUGGUUUUCCUUCUGUCCUCUGGAGCAUCAGAGAACAGGUCUGCUUCAUCUGUCAUGGCUCCCCUUAAUUAUUUCUUGUCCAGGGUUAACAUGCCCAGCUCUUUCAACCAUUCAUCAUAGGACUCGGUUUCUAACCCAAUAGAAGUGUUGUAAAUCAACAUAAGGUUUCUGACAACCAUGUCAGUGCAUGGCAAAUGGUCAAAGAGCAUUUACAUCUGUCACGGUAUAUGUAAACUUGAAGGUGUGACCAGGGCCACUUCAGGAAUUGAGGGCCUCCCUUGGCAGGGUGGGAAGGAGAGGGCUCUUGAGGGCAAGUGAGGGUCAUGUUGUUUCUCCACUGUUCUCUCCUAGGCUGCUCUAUGCCACUAGGAAUGGAAAGCAAUGCUAUCUCCAAUGAGCAGGUCUCAGCUUCUUCCUACAUCAGCAAUGUGCUUUACACUUGGUCCCCCUUUCUGGCCCGGCUUAACUUGAAUGGGAGAGUCAAUGCUUGGAGACCAAAGGUAAUUUUGUGUAUGGGCAGGAAGGGUCUAAGGCAGAGCUGGUGAACCUGUGGCUCUCCUGGUGUCAUACCAGCUCCAGCCAGCAUGGCCAAUGGUCAGGGAUGAUGGGAGUUGUAGUCCAACAACAAGUUCCUCAUUCCUGCUCUAGAUUGUUACUCAGCAUUGUAUGAUUAGCAGGUGAAUGGGUGAACUGACCGUUGCAAAGCAUUCAGUUGGAGAUGGUAUGAAGCAUUAUGGUGUGAAGCAUUAUCUGUGGUGGACCAUGUGCAGUGCAGUCCUGUUUAAAUCCCACCUCCCGGCUCCUUCCCUUCUCAGCUGUGCUCUGUGCCCUCCUUGAGUGCCUGGAAGGUGUCCCUGAGCAUGUGUGUGUAUAGAAACCAGAGGUGGGAGAAAAAUCUGAUUUUGCUUUCAUUUAAACACUCUGUUAACCAAUACACUUACUGAAACACAGCUAUCCUUCUAAAGUCACAUUUUCCUGAAUUUUGUGAUGCAGUUCUUCAGUCAAACAAUGCAUACAUAAAUGCUUAUUUUAGGGGAAAGUUUGCCUAAAAAUAAGUAUGAUGGCAUAUCAAAAUGUAAUAUAAUAGGGAAAAUUUCUUGCAAAAAUGUGUACAUUAGCCAAAGUGCAUACAAAAGUAUAUAUUAGGAGAAACUGAUUUCUAGGGGACAUUUCGAUUUUAAAAAAAUCAUAAACUGAUGUGGAAACUUGGAGAAGUGAAGACUGGAAAUAUGGAAAUCAAAAUGGGCAUAUUUGCCCAUCUCUCAGGGUGUAUACAUAUGGGAGAAGCUGUGACCACAAGCUGUGAAGGGCUUUUAAAAAAAAAUGUUCCCCAUGCUAUUUAACAUUUAUAUGAAGCUGCUAGGAGCUGUCAUCAGAAGAUUUGGAGUGAGGUGUCACCAAUAUGUAGAUAACACCCAGCUUUGCCUCUCUUUUCGAUCUGAAUCAGGAGAAUCAUAGAAUCAUAGAGUUGGAAGGAAUCCUGAGUGUCAUCUUGUCCAACUCCCUGCAAUGCAGGAAUCUCAACUAAAGCAUCCAUGACAGGUAGCCAUCUGCUUAAAAACCUCUGCUUAAAAACCUCUAAUGAAGGAAUGUCCACUGCCUCCCAAAAGAGUCUGGAGGUGGUUGAGGUAUUUAGACUAGUACAUGGAGGCAAUAAUGGACUCCAUGUGGGCCAGUAAAUUGAAGCUGAACCCUGAAAAGAAAGAGGUAUUGUGAGUCUAGAAGGCAGGGAGAUGUCCUACCUUGGACAGGGCAGCACUCACCUGGAAGGAGCAGGUCUGUAGCUUGGGGGUGCUCCUGGAUUCAACACUGUCACUGGAGGCUCAAGUGACUAGGAAUGUCUUUUUCCAGCUCUGGCUGGUUUGCCAGCUAUAACACCUUUUGGACAGAAACAAAUUUGCUAUGGUAUUCCAUGCUCUGGUUACUUCCCAAUUGGAUUACUGCAUCCUAUGUGGGUCUUUCCCUCGAAGAUAGCAUCCAAAAUGCAGUGGCCAGAUUACCGACUGCAGUUUCCUAUAGAACUCAUAUGACUCCUGUUUUAAAAUAACUGAACGGGUUGCUGGUUAAUUUUUGGGUCCAAUUUUAGGUGCUUACACUCAUGUUUAAAUAACUUAGGUGACCAAUACUGAAAGACUGCCUCCUUCUCUACAGAUCCUCUUUAGUUUUAAACUCAGCAGAGGGGGCCCUCUAGUUAGCUCCACCACCCUCAAAAGGUUCAUGGGCUCAUGGCCUGGGGGUGGGCCUUCUCUGUGGCAGCUCCCUAAGUUGUUGAAUUUCUUCCCCACAAAGAUGUGUUGUACUUACAUUGUACAGUAUUUUGUAUGCUUGAAGACGCACCACUUUGACACAGGCCUUUGACCCUGCUAUCUUUCGUUGGGCAAUGCGCUGAAGAGCGCUGAAGUUAAAAUGGGAAAAACCAGAGAGGUUUAAAGAAGUGUCCCAGGGCAGCCAUAACCACAGGCACUUGAAGGCCUCACUGUCUUUUCCGCAGGUUGACAGCUCAGCAGAGUGGCUUCAGGUGAACUUUCGUAAGACCAUGCGGGUGACUGGGUUGAUGACUCAAGGUGCAAAGUCUGCCUUCACCAAAAUGUUUGUGAAGGAAUUUUCUCUUUCGAGCAGCCUGGAUGGCAAGCACUGGGCCUCUGUCCUACAAGGUGGGAAAGAGAAGGUAAAUAAGGCCUACACUUCUGGGGUGUCACUGGUGCCCCUUUAUUCCAGCCAGUGACGGCUUCCUUGUUUUUCUCACUUGAAUGUUAUAUGUCUUCCAGGUGGGUAGGUGGCAGGGAGGCAAUUUUAUUUCCUUGUUUAACUCAAAACUAUAUGGCACACUAAACAUGCUUUUAAAAAAAAAAAAAAAGCAUUGUGGAAAAUUAAGAUGGCUGUCUCUCUAGUGUAAGCCAACAAUAUAUCGGAGGCGUUGUGGGUCAUCCAAAGUUUUUUAGAAGGAGAAGCCUGGGCAGGUGUCAUUAAUGGGUGGGUGGUGCUGUGGUCUAAACCACUGAGCCUCUUGGGCUUGCCGAUCGGAAGGUCGGCGGUUUGAAUCUCUGCAACAGGGUGAGCCAAUGCAAGUAGAUAGGUACCGCUGCGGUGGAAAGGUAAACAGUGUUUCCAUGCGCUCUGGUUUCCGUCACGGUGUUCCGUUGCGCCAGAAGCGGUUUAGUCAUGCUGGCCACAUGACCCGGAAAGCUGUCUGUGGACAAAUGCCAGCUCCCUCAGCCUGAAAAGUGAGAUGAGCACCGCAACCCCAUAGUCGCCUUUGACUGGACUUAGAAUCAUAGAAUCAUAAAAUCAUAGAGUUGGAAGAGACCACAAGGGCCAUCGAGUCCAACCCCCUGCCAAGCAGGAAACACCAUCAGAGCACUCCUGACAUAUGGUUGUCAAGCCUCUGCUUAAAGACCUCCAAAGAAGGAGACUCCACCACACUCCUUGGCAGCAAAUUCCACUGUCGAACAGCUCUUACUGUCAGGAAGUUCUUCCUAAUGUUUAGGUGGAAUCUUCUUUCUUGUAGUUUGGAUCCAUUGCUCCGUGUCCGCUUCUCUGGAGCAGCAGAAAACAACCUUUCUCCCUCUGACAUCCUUUUAUAUAUUUGAACAUGGCUAUCAUAUCACCCCUUAACCUCCUCUUCUCCAGGCUAAACAUACCCAGCUUCCUCAUAAGGCAUCGUUUCCAGGCCUUUGACCAUUUUGGUUGCCCUCCUCUGGACAUGUUCCAGUUUGUCAGUGUCCUUCUUGAACUGUGGUGCCCAGAACUGGACACAGUACUCCAGGUGAGGUCUGACCAGAGCAGAAUACAGUGGCACUAUUACUUCCCUUGAUCUAGAUGCUAUACUCCUAUUGAUGCAGCCCAGAAUUGCAUUGGCUUUUUAGCUGCCGCGUCACACUGUUGGCUCAUGUCAAGUUUGUGGUCAACCAAGACUCCUAGAUCCUUUUCGCAUGUACUGCUCUCAAGCCAGGUUUCACCCAUCUUGUAUUUGUGCCUCUCAUUUUUUUUGCCCAAGUGCAAUACUUUACAUUUCUCCCUGUUAAAAUUCAUCUUGUUUGUUUUGGCCCAGUUCUCUAAUCUGUCAAGGUCGUUUUGAAGUGUGAUCCUGUCCUCUGGGGUGUUAGCCACCCCUCCCAGUUUGGUGUCAUCUGCAAAUUUGAUCAGGAUGGACUUAACCAUCCAGGGUCCUUUACCUUUCCCUAAUGGGUGCCACAAGGGGCCAAGGCCGCUAUGUGCCAAUAAUGGCCUGACCCAGCCCCUGUAAACUUACUGUCUUUUUUAAGCAGCUUUAGAGGUUGAAGGAAGAAUUAAUUAUCCCACCCACCUUCUUUUCAGAUUUUCCAGGGAAAUCAAGAUCAUUUCAGCCCAGUGGUGAACCUCCUAGACCCUCCGCUAUUUGCUCAAUAUUUGAGGAUACACCCUGUCCGCUGGAAUAACCACAUUGCACUGAGGAUGGAGUUUUUGGGCUGCGACACCCAGCAGAUGGCCUAG